CAGAACAGGAAUGACCGAUAAUACAACUGAAGGAGCUCCUAGGACUGUAACAACUGUAGUACCGAUUUCUAGGGGAACAACUAUCAGUUUAUUGGUUUCUGAAACUACCACAGGCAUUCCCCAGGACACCACUAGAAUGGGAAUAACAGAUUAUUCCACAGAAGGUGUCCCAAGAACUGUAACGACUUUGGUUCCGAUCACUGGGGAAACAACCAUCAGGCCAAUCGCUUCUGAAACUACCACAGCUAUUCCCCAAGACACCACCAGAACGGGAAUGACCGAUUAUACCACUGAAGGAGCUCCUAGGACUGUACCAACUGUAGUACCGAUUUCUAAGGAAACAACCAUUCCUCCACUUGCUUCUGAAUCUACUACAGGCAUUCCCCAAGACACUACCCGAAUGGGAAUGACUGAUUAUACCACUGAAGCAGCUCCUAGGACUGUACCAACUGUAGUGCCGAUUUCUAGGGAAACAACCAUUAGGCCACUGGCUUCUGACACUACCACAGCUAUUUCCCAAGACACCACCAGAAUGGGAAUGACCGAUUAUACCACUGAAGGAACUCCUAGGACUGUACCAACUGUAGUACCGAUUUCUAAGGAAACAACCAUUAGUCCACUGGCUUCCGAAUCUACUACAGGCAUUCCCCAAGACACUACCCGAAUGGGAAUGACCGAUUACACUACCGAAGGAGCUCCUAGGACUGUACCAACUGUAGUACCGAUAUCUAGGGAAACAACCAUUAGUCCACUGGCUUCUGAAACUACCACAGCCAUUCUCCAAGACACCACCAGAAUGGGAAUUACCGAUUACUCUACAGAAGGAGCUCCUAAAACUGUACCAACAGUAGUACCUAUUUCUAGGGAAACAACCAUUAGUCCACUGGCUUCUGAAACUACCACAGCCAUUCCCCUAGACACCACUAAAAUGGGAAUGACCGAUUAUACCACUGAAGGUGUCCCGAGGACUGUAGUGCCGAUUUCUGGGGAAACAACCAUUUCAACCACGGCUUCUGGAACAACCACGUCCCUUCCUCAAGAUAGUACCCAAAUUACCGAUUACACCACAGAAGCAUCUGUUAGACCUUCCACCAUCCCCUCUGCUUCAAAGGAAACAGUGCCCGCUCCUAUAUCGGGAGUAACGCCAAGUUCGUUGGAUGGUAUGCCAAAUGCCACUGAUAGAUUUGCAACUGUUACUCCGACAAUUAGUUGUAUGACCGACGACGACUGUUCUGACGAUGAGACAUGUGUGGCAGGCAUAUGCAUAUCACCUUGUGAAUACUAUGAAAAUGUUUGCCCUGUGCAAAAUUUGGCUGUCUGUCGUACAUUGAACCACACCACAAUGUGCUUUUGUGAUACAGCCGCUGAUGUAAAUAGACCCGAUUGCUCUAUGAAAGCAGAAAUCGGUUGCGCAUCAAGUGAUGAGUGCCCCACUCAGCAGGCGUGCAUCAAUACGCUUUGCGUGGAUCCCUGUACCUACAGUAAUCCGUGCAGCCGUACCGAAGAUUGUCGUGUUCUCAACCAUCAGCCUUUUUGCUCUGCAGAAAUGGGUCGCACUCCUGGCUGUGAGCACUGCCUGCCGGGUGCCAAUUGCGAUCCCACCACUGGUGCUUGUAUCAAGGCUAAUGUAACAAUAACUACUAGUACUACCAAGAAACAAAGAACAACCAAGAGACCAACACCAACACCAAGAACAACAACAACUACAACCAAAACAACAACCACAACAACUGCUAACCCAAACACAGGUGUCAAAAAACCAACACCGACCACCACCACCACCACCACUACCUCCACUAGCACUGAAUCGAGCACAGCAACCACUAGCGCUACUAACCAAACAACCAUUAAGAGUAAAACACCAGACACCGAAAGCACAACAUCCCAUACGGAUGCCACUAGGCGGUACCGUGAUGGUGAGAAUAAUAUAACCGAUACGCCGACGGCAAGGCCAUCGGUAGCAACGACCAAGUUGGGUGGUGAAGAUAGCUACAGUGAUCGGCGCACCACAACAACGCCAAAGAUGAAGACAACGCGUCUGGAUACAUCCAAUGAAGUUCCCGAUACGACAACGAACUGGCCCAUCGAGCUGCCAACCACUGAUGGCACCACAACGGAGAUGUACAGCACAAUAAUUGUCCCUCUGGCGGGUAACAACGGCACGACCACCACUGACAUCUCAUUAAUUAACCCAUGUACAGUAGAUACUAACUGUGCUCCUAACGAGCACUGUAAGCUGGGCAAUUGCCAUAAGAAAGAGCCACCGGGUUCACCGAAAACACCAGAGCCCUGCCAAUCGAACAACGAUUGCAUUGAGAGCGAGGCCUGUUAUAUGGGUCUGUGCCAGGAUCCGUGCGAAUUUGCCAAGAUAUGCGCUGCAAGUGCCAAGUGUACGGCUAAGAGUCAUCGACCCAUAUGCACCUGUCCGCAGGGACAUGAGGGCAAUCCAAUGGUCAAGUGUGUGCCCACCGAAACCUCAAUUGAAUGCACAGACAAUUCCGACUGCGGCGUCACGGAGGCUUGCAUUAAUCAGAGAUGCCAGCAUCCAUGCGAUGUCCAUGAUCCCUGUGCCACGAAUGCCAUUUGCAUCAACACCAACCAUGCUGCGGACUGCAGUUGCGGCGAUGGUUUCCAGGGCAAUGGACGUGUCGGCUGUCAGCCAGCACGCACCCAUGUCUGCCAAUACAACGAGGACUGUCCACCGACGAAGCUUUGCGAUCGCCUCAAUCGUCGCUGCAUCAAUCCCUGCCAAGAGGAUUCCUGUGGCGAGAAUGCCGAGUGCGUACCCAUCAACCACGGCACCGACUGUCGCUGUCUGCCCGGCUUUCUGGGCAAUGCCUAUGUGCAGUGUUCACCGCUGCAGGGAUGUCGUGCCGACACCGAGUGCGAUUCUAGUCAGGCCUGCAUCAAUGGAAAGUGUGCAUCGCCCUGCCAGUGCGGAGCUUUUGCCCUCUGCGAUGUGAUCAACCAUCGUGGGGUGUGCAAGUGCCCGCCUGGAUAUAAUGGAAAUCCCCAGGUGGGCUGCAGUCCACCGCAGAAUCCCUGCGAUCCCAAUCCCUGUGGCCUCAGUGCCCUGUGCGAACUGGACAACGGCAAUCCGAUUUGUUAUUGUCCCAAGGGACUCACGGGAAAUCCAUUCAAGAAUUGCAUCCCGGAAGGCGAUGAAUGUACACCGAAUCCAUGCGGACCCAACUCUGGAUGUCGUCGCGUUGAUGGUCAACCCAUCUGCUUCUGCCUGCCCGAAUACGAGGGUCAGCCACCGUCGAUAGCCUGCGAGCUGCCAUCCAACCCAUGCGAUCCAUCGCCAUGCGGCCCCAACACUCAGUGCUCUGUCCUGAGCAACGGCUUCUCCAAGUGCACCUGCUUGCCGGGUUACGUGGAGAGUCCGAACACCAUUCGUGGCUGUGUGGAGCCCAUUAACCCAUGCGAUCCUAGUCCAUGUGGUACUGGAGCCAUCUGCGACUCGUCGCGUCAGCCAGUGUGCUACUGUCCAGACAACAAGAUUGGAAAUCCCUUCAGGCUGUGCGAGAAGCCCGCGGUGUCGGUUGAGCUCUGUCAGCCUGGUCCUUGUGGCCGGAAUGCCGACUGCUAUGUGGCCGGCAAUCGUGAGGAAUGCUACUGUCGCUCUGGCUAUGUGGGCGAUGCCUACCAAGGAUGCCGCGAGCCAAGUCGUACCGUCUGCGACCCUAAUCCAUGCGGACCCAAUGCCAAUUGCGUUGUGGCCGGCGAUGGACAAACUGCCUGCGUGUGCCCCGAAGGUCUCUCAGGGGACCCAACAUCUCUUGUGGGCUGUCACGGCUAUGAGUGUCAGGUGGAUGCCGAUUGUCCGCACAGCAAAGCCUGCAUGGGCUUCCGUUGCUACGAUCCAUGCCCCGGAGCUUGCGGUCAUGGAGCCAACUGCCGCGUUGAGGAGCACCAUCCCGUGUGCUCGUGCAAUGCUGGCUUGACUGGCAACCCAGGAGUUCGUUGCUAUGCCCUUGACCAUCCGAAGACCAAUCCGUGUGUGCCCAGUCCCUGCGGCGUUAAUAGCGAGUGCAAGCUGCUCAACAAUCGCGCCGUUUGCUCCUGCAUUCCCGGCUACCUGGGCGAUCCUGAGUCGGGCUGCCAGCCGGAAUGUGACAUCAACUCGGACUGUGGCGAGACCUUGUCGUGCAUCAACCACAAGUGCGUGGAUCCCUGUGCGGGUGCCAUUUGUGGUAUCAAUGCCAUUUGCAAUGUCCGCCAGCAUACGCCAGUGUGCCAUUGCUUGGACGGAUUCGCCGGCGAUGCCUUCCUGCAGUGCGUUCCGAUUGGCAUUUUGAAGAACGUUUCCCGUGACCCGUGUGCCCCGUCACCCUGUGGACCGCGCGACGUAUGCUCGGUCUAUGGCGAUGGUGUGGCAUUGUGUGAUCCCUGCUUUGGACCCAAUGCCCAGCAGAAUCCCCGCUGCCGACCGGAAUGCGUGGCCAACUCCGACUGCCCCUUCGAUCGUGCCUGUUUGGGUCAGCGCUGCCUCGAUCCCUGCCCCGGCUCCUGCGGUCGCAAUGCCGCGUGCAAUGUGUACGAGCAUAAUCCGGUGUGUUCCUGCCCCGCGGGUCUCUAUGGAAAUCCCUACGAACAGUGCACCAUUCAGUCGGCAAUUGUGCCAACACCCGCGCCAAGCUGCGCGAAGCUGCAGUGCGGUGCCAAUGCUGAAUGCAAGCGCGCCCCCGGUGGCCUCGCCUGCGUCUGCCGUAAGGGAUACUUUGGUGAUCCACAUAUCGGCUGUCGCCCAGAGUGCGUACUCAAUAGCGACUGCCCUGCGGAUAAGGCCUGCAUGAACUCCAAGUGUGUGGAGGCCUGUUCCGGCGUGUGUGGCAUCAAUGCCGUCUGCCGUGUGGUGAACCAUGCUCCAGUGUGCAUCUGUUCCGAGGGCUAUAGUGGAGAUGCAUCCAUUUCGUGCAAUCCCUACUAUCUGCCACCCGAUUCAACGCCCAUAGUGCGACCACAUCCUUGCGAACCAUCGCCCUGCGGUCCCAACUCACGUUGUCUGGCCACCUCCGAGGGAUAUGCCGCCUGCUCCUGCCUGCCCAACUUCAAGGGUGCACCGCCUGUCUGCCAGCCCGAGUGCGUCGUCAGCUCCGAGUGUGCCCCCAAUCAGGCAUGUCUGAAUCAGAGAUGCGCAGAUCCCUGUCCCGGUAUCUGCGGUGUCGGAGCACGCUGUGAGGUUCUCAAUCACAAUCCAAUUUGCUCUUGCGAGCAAAAGUUCGAGGGAGAUCCGUUCGUUGCCUGCUCGCCCAUACCCGAGCCGGGACGUGAGGUUGAUCUGCCCAAGAAUCCGUGCGUGCCCUCGCCCUGUGGACCCAACUCCAUAUGCCAGAUCAAACAGAACCGACCCGUCUGCUCCUGUGUGGCCAACUACAUCGGCAGCCCGCCCUAUUGUCGGCCAGAGUGCACCCUCAGCAGCGAGUGUCCCUCGGACAAGGCCUGCAUCCAUGAGAAGUGCCAGAACCCGUGCGCCAAUGUCUGUGGACACAAUGCCCGCUGCACGGUCAUCGCGCACUCUGCUCACUGCAGCUGCGACCAGGGCUACGAGGGAGAUGCCUUCAUCGGCUGCUCCCAGACAAAGGAAGAGAAAUCCGGUGAUGACUUUGGACCCUGCUAUCCCAAUCCUUGUGCUGAGAAUGCUGUGUGCACCCCACACAACAAUGCAGCUCGCUGUAGCUGCAUUGAGCCAUACUUUGGCGAUCCGUACAGCACUGGAUGCCGUCCCGAAUGUAUCUACAGCUCGGAAUGCCCCUCGUCGUUGGCCUGCAUCAAGCAGCACUGCCGCAAUCCUUGCACCGGUGCCUGUGGACCCAAUGCCGAGUGUGCGGUGGUUAACCACUUGCCAUCCUGCAUCUGUUCGCGUGGCCACGAGGGCGAUCCGUUCGUGGGCUGCAAGCGUAUGCCCGUGGGACCUGUGAGCGUCUGUGAGCCCAACCCCUGUGGACCCAACAGCAUCUGCCGUACGGUGGAAGGCCAUCCCACGUGCAGCUGCCAGGUUGGCUACUUUGGUGCCCCGCCCCAAUGCCGGCCCGAGUGCGUUGUCAGCUCGGAGUGCUCGCAGCAUUUGGCAUGCAUCAACCAGAAGUGUGCCGAUCCUUGUGCCGAAACCUGCGGCUUCAAUGCCAAGUGUCAAGUGAAAAACCACAAUCCGAUAUGCUCCUGCCCCAGCGACUACAUAGGCGAUCCCUUCGAGCAAUGUGUGCCCAAGCCAUCUGAACCUCCACGCAAUGUGGAUCCCUGCCUGCCCAGUCCAUGUGGACCCAAUGCCAAUUGCCGGAAUGUGAAUAAUCGCGCUGAAUGUUCGUGUGCUCAGGGCAUGUUCGGUGCUCCACCGAGCUGCCGACCCGAGUGCGUUAUCAAUGAAGAUUGUCCAUCGAAUCGCGCUUGCAUACGACAAAGAUGCGAGGAUCCUUGCAUUGGAAUCUGUGGCUUUAAUGCCCAGUGCUCCACACAGAACCAUCAGCCCAAGUGCGGUUGCAUUGAGGGCUUCGAGGGCGACCCGUACACCGGUUGCAAUAUGCGAGAGAUCGUGGUCCUGGACCAACCCGCCGAUCCAUGUCACCCAUCCCCAUGUGGUGCGAAUGCCAUCUGUCGCGAACGCAACGGUGCCGGUUCCUGCAGCUGCAUCCAGAAUUAUUUCGGUGAUCCCUACAUUAAUUGCCGCCCCGAGUGUGUGCAGAACAGUGACUGCCCCGCGAGCAGGGCCUGCCUCAAUAUGAAGUGUCGCGAUCCCUGCGAAAAUGCCUGUGGCUUCAAUGCCAUCUGUCGAGUGGCCCAUCACCAGGCGGUGUGUAGCUGUGAGCCCGGUUUCACGGGCAAUCCACAGCGCGCAUGCGUCGAACGUCCCUCAAAUAUGUACCUGCCCUUGCCCAAAGAUCCUUGUAGACCAUCGCCCUGUGGCUUGUUUAGCACUUGCCACGUGGCUGGCGAUCAUCCCGUCUGCGCUUGCCUGCCGGACUACCUUGGUGUUCCGCCCAACUGCAAGCCCGAGUGCCGCACAAGUGGGGAAUGUCCCUCGGAUAGGGCCUGUAUCAAUCAACGUUGCCGCGAUCCCUGUCCCGGCACCUGUGGCUACAAUGCGCGUUGUCGCUGCACGAAUCACUCCCCCAUUUGUAGCUGCAUCGAUGGCUACACUGGAGAUCCGUUCCACCAGUGUCUGCCCGAAAGAAAACCAGCGCCAAUACCAGACCCCAUCGUGCCAUUGAAUCCCUGCGUGCCAUCGCCCUGCGGCCCCAACUCUCAGUGCCAGGUGGCCAGCACCGGAGCCGUGUGCUCCUGCGUGGCCAACUACAUUGGACGUCCACCGGCCUGCCGGCCAGAGUGUAGCAUAAAUUCGGAGUGCCCCGCCCGGAUGGCCUGCAUGAAUGCGCGUUGUGCCGACCCGUGCAUCGGUUCCUGCGGCAACAAUGCCCUCUGUCACGUCAGCCAGCAUGCACCCGUGUGCAUGUGCGAGCCUGGGUUCAGCGGCGAUCCCUUCUCCGGCUGCUUCAAGAUCUUAGAAACGCCUAUUGAGGUCUCUCAACCAUGUCGUCCCAGUCCUUGCGGUUUGAAUGCCUUGUGCGAGGAGCGAAAUCGCGCUGCUGCCUGCAAAUGUCUGCCCGAAUACUUUGGGGAUCCGUACACUGAGUGUCGCCCCGAGUGCGUCAUCAAUUCGGACUGUCCCAAGUCGCGUGCCUGCGUUAAUCAGAGAUGCGUCGAUCCCUGUCCCGGAAUGUGCGGUCAUAGCGCCCUCUGUGCUGUCUUCAAUCAUGCGCCCAACUGUGAAUGCCUGCCCGGCUACACGGGAAAUCCCAUUGUCGGCUGUCACCUGGUGCCCGAGACACCACGCUAUCCCGAUCCUAUAGUACCCGAAAAUCCAUGCCAACCCUCGCCCUGCGGCCUCUACAGCAACUGUCGCCCGGUCAAUGGCCAUGCAGUGUGCUCCUGUGUACCCAACUACAUUGGCUCUCCGCCCAACUGCCGACCCGAGUGCAUGAGCAGCUCGGAGUGCGCACAGGACAAGUCGUGUCUGAACGAACGGUGCAAAGAUCCCUGCCCGGGCACCUGUGGCAACAAUGCGCUCUGCCGUGUCGUUAACCAUAAUCCCAUCUGCUCCUGCAGUCCCGGCUUCAGCGGUGAUCCAUUCGUCCGCUGUUUCCCACAAGAAAAACGCCCCAUCGUCCAUGAUCGUGUCGAGCCAUGCGUUCCAUCGCCAUGUGGGCCAAACUCUCAGUGUCGGGUUUCGGCGGCUAAUGAGCAGGCCGUCUGCUCAUGCUUGCAACAUUAUGUGGGUAGGGCGCCAAAUUGCAGACCCGAGUGCACCUCAGACUCGGAGUGUGCCGGCAACAUGGCAUGCAUCAAUCUGCGGUGCCGGGAUCCCUGCGUGGGUACCUGCGGCAGUCAGACCACAUGUCUUGUAAAUAAUCAUAGACCGAUCUGCCGCUGCCUCGAAGGCUAUGCGGGCGAUCCAUUCUCCGAGUGUAGUCCACAAAUUAUCGUAACGCCCGAGGUGGCACAGCCCUGCAAUCCCAGUCCCUGCGGCGCCAAUGCGGUGUGCAACGAGCGCAACGGCGUUGGCUCCUGUUCCUGCCUGCCCGAAUACAGUGGGGAUCCGUACACCGAAUGCCGGCCGGAGUGUGUCCUGAACAGCGACUGUUCGAAGAAUCGCGCCUGCCUCAACAACAAGUGCCGCGAUCCCUGCCCCGGCGUGUGCGGAGUCUCCGCCGAGUGCCAUGUGAUUAACCACGCGCCUAGCUGCAGCUGCCCCUCCGGAUACACGGGCAACCCAUCACAGUACUGCCGGGAAAUACCAAAAUUGGCCCCGCCUGUCCAGCCAUGUCGCCCGUCGCCCUGUGGCCCUUACAGCCAGUGCCGCGAGGUGAACGGACAUGCGGUCUGCUCGUGCACGACCAACUAUGUGGGCACUCCGCCCGCCUGUCGACCAGAGUGCUCGGUCAGUUCCGAGUGCUCCCAAGACAGAGCUUGCGUGAAUCUGCGCUGUGUAGACCCCUGUCCCGGAACCUGCGGCCACGAGGCCAUUUGCAAGGUGACGAACCACAAUCCCAUCUGCUCGUGCCCCAGUGGCUUCACUGGUGAUCCGUUUGUGCGAUGCGCCCCACGGCAACAAGAACCGGAACAGCCGAAGUCCAAUGAGAGUCCCUGUGUGCCCAGUCCCUGCGGUCGCAACUCCCAAUGUCGCGUUGUGGGCGAGACUGGCGUCUGUUCCUGUCUGCCCAACUUCGUGGGCCGUGCCCCCAACUGCCGACCAGAGUGUACUCUCAAUUCCGAGUGUCCUGCCAAUCUGGCGUGCAUCAAUGAGCGCUGCAUAGACCCGUGUCCGGGCUCGUGCGGCUUCAAUGCCUUCUGCAGUGUCGUUGGCCACUCGCCCAUCUGCUCCUGCGACAAUGGCUACACUGGCGAUCCAUUUGCUGGCUGCAAUCCGCAACCCUUGCCCGAACCCGAUGAACGCCUGACACCUUGCCAACCCUCGCCCUGCGGCCCCAAUGCCGAAUGCCGUGAACGCAAUGGCGCCGGCUCCUGUACAUGUCUGCCAGAGUACUUUGGCGAUCCGUACAGUGGCUGUCGACCCGAGUGCGUGGUGAAUAGCGACUGCUCACGCGACAAGUCGUGCGUCAACCAGAAAUGCGUGGACCCAUGUCCGGGUGUUUGUGGCCUGAACGCCGAGUGUCGUGUGUCCAAUCACUUGCCCAGCUGCUCCUGCCUGGCCGGAUACACAGGAAAUCCCUCUAGUGCAUGCCGUGAAAUACCCCAACUGCCACCACCACCCCUGGCCGAUGUGAAUCCCUGUAGACCCUCGCCCUGCGGUCCGUACAGCCAGUGUCGGGAGAUCAAUAACCAUGCCGUGUGCUCUUGCCAGCCCGGACUCGUUGGCUCUGCCCCCAACUGUCGGCCCGAGUGUAUCAUAAGCUCCGAUUGUGCCCAAGAUCUCAACUGUCAGAAUCAAAAGUGUGUGGACCCGUGUCCGGGCACAUGCGGCAUUGAGGCACGUUGCCAGGUCAUAAACCACUAUCCUGCAUGCUCCUGUGCCCCAGGCUACACCGGCGAUCCCUUCAAUCGAUGCACGAAAAUAUUGUUGGAGCCCACAAUAACCGAAAAGACCGGUAAUCCCUGUGUACCCUCACCGUGCGGAGCCAACUCGAAAUGCAUUGAUGUGCGCGGUUCCCCUGCAUGCUCCUGUCUGCCGGACUACCUCGGACGGCCGCCAAACUGUCGGCCCGAGUGCAUGAGUAGUGCCGACUGCCCGGCGAAUCUCGCGUGUGUCAAUCAGCGUUGCGCAGAUCCGUGUGUUGGAGCUUGUGGCCAGAACUCUCUGUGCCAGGUGAUCAAGCAUCGUCCAACAUGCGAAUGCGUGCCUGGUUACACCGGCGAUCCGUUCUCCGGCUGUGCUGUUGUACAGCAAAUUACCCCAACGGAGGCGCCACGUAAUCCCUGCAAUCCCAGUCCGUGCGGUGCUAAUGCCGUGUGUCGGGAGCGCAACAGCGCUGGCUCCUGCACCUGUCUGCCAGAAUACUUUGGCGAUCCGUACAGUGGCUGCCGACCGGAAUGUGUACAAAACGAUGACUGCGAUCGCUCCCGUGCCUGCAUCAACAGCAAGUGCCAGGAUCCUUGUCCCGGUGCAUGCGGCAUUAAUGCCGAGUGCCGUGUCCUGAACCAUGGUCCCAACUGCAACUGCUUCGAAGGAUACACCGGGGAUCCGCAUCGUUCGUGCGAACCGAUUGAAGUUGUCACACGACGACCGGAGAACCCAUGCCAGCCCUCACCCUGCGGACCCUACAGCCAGUGCCUGGACACGAACAGCCAUGCGGUGUGCUCCUGCCUGGAAGGUUACAUCGGAGCGCCGCCCAGCUGCAAGCCGGAAUGUGUUGUCAGCUCUGAGUGCCCCCAGAAUCGCGCGUGCAUCAACCAAAAGUGUGCCGAUCCGUGUCGCGGAUCGUGCGGCAAUAAUGCCAAGUGCCAGGUGGUGAACCACAAUCCCAUUUGCAGCUGUGUGCCCGGCAUGACCGGCGAUCCCAUCAGCGGCUGUUCACCCAGCGAAGAUGGCAAGAGCACGGAUAACCCAUGUGUGCCCUCGCCCUGCGGCCCCAACUCAAUUUGCCGUGAGAUCGGAAACCAAGCGGCCUGCUCCUGCAAUGCCAAUUUCAUUGGACGUCCGCCAAACUGCCGGCCAGAGUGCACCAACAACGACGAGUGCCAGAAUCAUCUGUCCUGCCAGCAGGAGCGUUGCGUUGACCCGUGCCCUGGCUCUUGCGGCAGCAAUGCCGUCUGUCAGGUGGUACAACACAAUGCAGUCUGCUCCUGUGCCGAUGGCUACGAGGGUGAGCCGCUCUUUGGCUGCCAGCUGAUACCCCUGCUCCUGCCCACAGAAGCGCCCACAUCGCCAUGCGAACCGUCGCCAUGCGGCCCCCAUGCCGAGUGCCGCGAACGCAACGGAGCCGGCGCCUGCUACUGCCAUGAGGGCUUCGAAGGCAAUCCCUACGAUGCCCAGCGCGGCUGCCGACGCGAGUGCGAGAUCAACGAUGAGUGCACGGCCGCCCAGGCGUGUGUACGCUUCAAGUGCAUCGAUCCUUGUGAUAAUAUGUGCGGAGAGUACGCUCUCUGUACAGUCGAUAACCAUGUGCCCACCUGCAACUGUCCACCAGGCUACAGUGGAGAUCCGUUCUUCAGCUGCAAGCCUGUGCCGGUUACACCACGGCCUCCGCUUAACCCGUGCAAUCCCUCGCCCUGCGGCCCCAACAGCAACUGUCGCAGCAUCAACAACCAGGCCGUGUGCUCCUGCCAGUCAGGCUUCGUCAAUCAGCCACCCAACUGCCGCCCCGAGUGCAUAGUCAGUGCAGAGUGUGCCCCAGAGCGGGCUUGCGUGAACAAGAAGUGUGUGGAUCCAUGUCUGCACACCUGCGGCAUUCGUGCCAUCUGCAGCACCAAGAACCACAGCCCCAUCUGCACGUGCCCACGCGGCAUGACCGGUGAUCCCUUCGUACAGUGCACCAGGAUACCCAUAACACACGAUGUGACGACACCAGAGCCACCAGCGGCAUCUUGUGUGCCCUCGCCUUGCGGUCCCAAUGCCAAGUGCCAGAUUGUUGGCAAUAGUCCGGCCUGCUCCUGCCUGCCUAACUUUAUCGGCGCACCACCGCGUUGCCGGCCGGAAUGUGUCCUCAACUCUGAAUGUGGACCCACGGAGGCGUGCAUCAAUCAAAAGUGCGGCGAUCCGUGCUCUGGUUCCUGUGGCUUCGAGGCCAAGUGCCAUGUGCUGAAUCAUCUGCCCAUUUGCAACUGCAUCGAGGGCUACGAGGGCGAUCCGUUUGUGCGCUGCACAGAGAAACCAGAAGGCAAGACACCGCCGCCUGUCAAGAACGAUCCGUGCAAUCCGAGUCCCUGUGGCCCGAAUGCCGACUGCUUUGCCGGUGAGUGCCGCUGCCAGAAUAACUAUCAAGGAAACGCCUACGAGGGCUGUCGACCAGAGUGUACGCUAUCGGCGGAUUGCUCUCGGGACAAGGCCUGCAUGCGGAACAAGUGUGUGGAUCCGUGCCCCGGCAUCUGUGGCAACAAUGCCGUUUGCGAGGUGAUGAACCACAUACCCGUGUGCUCGUGUCUGCAAGGCUACGAAGGCGAUCCGUUCACCAAUUGCCGCGUGAAGCCCAUCGAAGAUACACCCAAGCCCCAGGCCUGUGCUCCAUCCCCGUGCGGAUCGAACAGCCAGUGCCGUGAUGUCAAUGGACAUGCCGUCUGCUCUUGCCUGGAAGGAUACAUUGGGGCGCCGCCUCAAUGCCGUCCCGAGUGCGUUGUCUCCAGCGAAUGCUCCGCCCUACAAGCGUGUGUCAACAAGAAGUGCGUGGAUCCCUGCGCCGCUGCUUGUGGCCUGGAGGCACGCUGUGAGGUCAUUAAUCACAGCCCCAUCUGUGGCUGCCCGCCGGGCCGAACUGGUGAUCCCUUCAAGCAGUGCACAGAGAUUCCUGUGGCACCACCGCCAGAUGUUAAGGAAGCGCCAAGAGAUCCCUGUGUGCCCUCGCCUUGUGGACCCAACUCCAUAUGCAAGCCCGAUGAGCGUGGACCCGUGUGCCAGUGCCAGCCAGAGUUCUUUGGCUCGCCGCCCAACUGCCGACCCGAGUGCAUCAUCAAUCCUGAUUGUGCCUCUACGCAGGCGUGCAUCAACAACAAGUGCCGCGAUCCCUGUCCCGGCUCGUGUGGCACAAACGCCGAGUGCCGCGUCAUCGGACACACUGUCUCUUGCUCCUGCCCCGUGGGAUAUGCUGGCAACGCGUUUGUGCAGUGUGUGCCGCAACAGGAGGAGCCGAUCAAGCCAUGCCAACCCUCGCCUUGUGGAGCCAAUGCCGAGUGCAUCGAACGGAACGGAGCUGCUGCCUGCAAGUGCAUCGACGAGUACCAAGGCAAUCCCUACGAGGGCUGCCGACCCGAGUGCGUGCUCAGCUCAGACUGUACGACGGACAAGGCGUGCAUAAGGAACAAGUGCCAGGAUCCCUGCCCGGGCAUCUGUGGUCUGAAUGCCCAGUGUUAUGCCGUGAAUCAUGUGCCAAAUUGUGUGUGCCUUGAUGGCCACACGGGCGAUCCUUUUGCCAACUGUCGCCGAGUGGAACCUUCAACACCACCUCCAGUCGCCGAUCCAUGCAUUCCCUCGCCCUGUGGCGCCAACAGCAAGUGCCGCAUUGCCAACGGACUGGCCGUCUGCUCCUGCCUGGAGAACUUCAUUGGAGUUCCACCGAACUGCAAGCCCGAGUGCACGGUGAAUGCCGAGUGCCAGCCAAACAAGGCUUGCCACAAGUUCCGCUGCGCCAAUCCCUGUGCCAAGACGUGCGGUAUCAAUGCCAAGUGCGAGGUGAUCAACCACAAUCCCAUCUGCAGCUGCCCCUCUGAUUUGACGGGCGAUCCAUUCGCUCGCUGUUAUCCAGCGCCAGCCAUUGCCGGACCGAAGGACGUGCCUGUCUCGAAGACACCCUGCCAGCCCUCGCCCUGCGGCCUCUACUCGGAGUGUCGCGUGCGUGACGAGCAGGCCUCCUGCUCCUGCCUGCCCAACUACAUUGGAGCGCCGCCCAACUGCCGGCCCGAGUGCAUUGUGAACACGGACUGCUCGUCGAAUCGCGCCUGUAUUGCCGAGAAGUGUCGCGAUCCCUGCGACGGCUCCUGCGGCAUCAACUCCGAGUGUCGCAUCCAGAACCAUCUGGCUAUAUGUACCUGCCGCGGUGGAUUCACCGGUGAUCCGUUUGUCCAGUGCGUAGAGAUCAUUGAGACGGUCACAAGGCCGCCACUGAACGAGCCACAGGAUCCCUGCGACCUGCAACCAUGUGGAGCCAAUGCGGAAUGCAACCAGGGCACAUGCACAUGCCUGAGAGACUACCAGGGCGAUCCCUACACGGGCUGUCGUCCAGAGUGUACACUCAGCACCGACUGCGCCCCCGUCAAGGCCUGUUUGAACAAGAAGUGCGUCGAUCCAUGUCCCGGAGUGUGUGGCCAGAACUCGCAGUGCGAUGUCUCCAAUCACAUACCGAUCUGCAGCUGCCUGCAGGGCUACACGGGUGAUCCGUUCGUGCAUUGCCGCCUGGAGACGCCCGUGGCCAAGGACCCAUGCCAGCCGAACCCGUGCGGUCCCAACAGCCUGUGUCAUGUGUCUGCGCAAGGACCGGUGUGUGCCUGCCAGCAAGGCAUGCUGGGCUCCCCGCCCGCCUGCAAACCUGAGUGCAUUGUCAGCUCCGAGUGCUCCCUGCAAACGGCCUGUGUGCAAAGAAAGUGCGUGGAUCCUUGUCCCGGUGCCUGCGGCCAGUUCGCACGCUGCCAAGUUAUCAACCACAAUCCAUCGUGCUCCUGUAACUCUGGCUACACCGGAGAUCCAUUCACGCGCUGCUUCCAGGAAGAACGCAAGCCACCAACGCCAACAGAACCUUGUCAACCAUCACCCUGCGGACCUAAUUCGGAGUGCAAGGUGCUCAAUGGCAAUGCGGCCUGCUCGUGCGCAGCCACCUUCAUUGGUACACCGCCCAGCUGCCGGCCAGAGUGCUCCAUCAAUCCGGAAUGUCCACCGACCAAGGCUUGCAUACGCCAGAAGUGUGCCGAUCCCUGCGUGAAUGCCUGCGGCUUCAAUGCUCGCUGCAAUGUGGCGAAUCAUCAACCCAUCUGCACAUGCGAUGUGGGCUAUACAGGAGAUCCGUUCACCGGCUGUCAAAAGGAGCAAGAGCGCAUUGUCAAUGAACAGGUAACGCCCUGCGAACCCAAUCCCUGCGGCUCGAAUGCCGUGUGCCGCGAACGCAAUGGGAUCGGCUCCUGCCAGUGCCUGCCCGAUUACUUUGGCGAUCCCUACCAGUCCUGCCGCCCCGAAUGCAUCCGAAACUCUGACUGUCCCACGAACAAGGCCUGCCAGCAGCAGAAAUGUCGCGAUCCCUGCCCCGGUACCUGCGGCACAAAUGCUGACUGCAGCGUUACGAAUCAUCUGCCCACCUGUACAUGCCGCAUCGGAUACAUAGGUGAUCCCUACCGCUACUGCCAUGUGGAGCCAGCGCAACCUAUCCGUCUGGCCGAACCCACACAACCCUGUCGCCCCUCGCCGUGUGGCCCCAACUCUCAGUGUCGCGAACUCAACGGCCAGGCCGUCUGCUCCUGUCUCGAGCUGUACAUCGGUCUGCCGCCCAACUGCCGUCCCGAAUGCGUGCUCAGCAGCGAGUGUGCCACGGACAAGGCGUGCAUAAGUCAGCGCUGUCAAGAUCCCUGCCCUGGAACAUGCGGCAUCAAUGCCGAGUGCCGGGUGCGCAAUCAUGGUCCACUCUGUCAGUGUCGUCAAGGUUUCACCGGUGAUUCCUUUACCCGUUGUUAUGCUCUGCCACCCCCACCGCCUGUGAUUCAACGUGUUGAUCGUGAUCCCUGCAUGCCAUCGCCCUGCGGCUUGAACAGUCAGUGUCGCAAUGUGCAGGGUGUGCCCUCCUGUUCCUGUCUGCCCGAGUUCCUGGGCGCACCGCCCAACUGUCGUCCGGAAUGCACCAUCAGUGCCGAGUGUGCCUCGAAUUUGGCUUGCAUCCGUGAAAAAUGUAUUGAUCCGUGUCCCGGUUCUUGUGGCUACGGUGCUGAAUGCAAUGUGGUGAAUCAUACACCAAUUUGCGUCUGCCCCGUCGGCUAUACUGGUGAUCCGUUCAGCAGUUGUCGUGUGUCGCCACCCGAACCAGUUCAAAGUGAAUAUGUCGAUCCGUGCAACCCCUCACCGUGUGGUCCCAAUGCUCAGUGCUCCAACGGUGUCUGCAGCUGUUUGGCCGAAUUCCAUGGCGAUCCCUACUCCGGCUGUCGUCCAGAAUGUGUCCUCAACUCUGACUGUCCCAGGGACAAGGCGUGUCUGCGCAGCAAGUGCCACAAUCCCUGUCCGGGAACGUGCGGAGAGAAUGCCAUUUGCGAUGUCAUAAAUCACAUUCCGAUGUGCCGUUGUCCGGAUGGCACCGCUGGCAGUGCCUUUAUCCGCUGCUCGCCCGUUCAGCAAGCGAUUGUGGAAACGAAUCCCUGCCGUCCAUCACCGUGUGGACCGAACUCUCAGUGCCGCGAAGUCAACCAGCAAGCGGUAUGUUCCUGCCUGUCCAACUAUAUCGGAGCCCCGCCAUCCUGCCGCCCUGAGUGCACCUCAAACUCCGAGUGUGCACCCUCGCAAGCGUGUCUGAACCAGCGUUGCGGUGAUCCAUGCCCUGGAACCUGCGGCGUGGGUGCCAAAUGUGCUGUGGUCAGCCACAGUCCCUUCUGUACCUGUCCCGAACGCUUCACGGGCAAUCCCUUCAUCCGUUGUCAGCCACAAAUUGAACCCGUACGUGAUCUUGUCCCAGUCGAACCCUGUCGCCCAUCGCCUUGUGGUCCCUACUCCCAAUGCCGCCCCGUUGGCCAAGAAGCCCCUGCCUGUUCCUGUCUGGAGAGCUACAUUGGACGGCCACCGAACUGUCGGCCAGAGUGUGUAACGAGCUCGGACUGCACCAGCCAGUUGGCAUGUGUCAACCAGAAGUGCGUCGAUCCCUGUCCCGGACGAUGUGGCCUCAAUGCCGAGUGUCGUGUGGUGAGCCAUGCGGUGCAGUGCAUCUGCCAGCAGGGCUUCACCGGUGAUCCAUUCGUGCAGUGCAGUCCCGAGAUGAUUCGCGAUAUUGAGGUCAGCACUCCGUGCAGCCCCAGUCCCUGUGGACCGAAUGCCGUGUGUCGCGAUCGAAAUGGGGCUGGCUCCUGCCAGUGUCUGCCCGAAUACUUUGGAGAUCCCUAUGCCGGCUGUCGGCCCGAGUGCAUGCUCGACUCGGACUGUCCCUCGAACAGGGCGUGCCAGCAGCUGAAAUGCCAGGAUCCCUGUCCCGGAACAUGCGGUCUGAAUGCCCAAUGCCAGGUGGUGAACCAUCUGCCGACCUGCAACUGUCUCACCGGAUAUCUGGGUGAUCCCUACCGCCAAUGCACGCGAAUGCAAGAGCCAAUACAAAACGAAUACGUGGAUCCCUGCAAGCCCUCGCCCUGCGGCCCCAACUCCCAGUGUCGUGUGGCCAAUGAGCAGGCCGUUUGCUCCUGUCUGCCCCUGUUUGUGGGAACUCCACCCGCCUGCCGGCCCGAGUGCACCAUCUCCUCAGAGUGUCCCAGCCAUCAGGCAUGCGUUAACCAGAAGUGCGUCGAUCCAUGCAGUGGCGACACUUGCGGCAGCAAUGCCGUGUGUCGUGUGCGCAACCACAGUCCCAUCUGCAGUUGCCUCAGCGGCUUCACUGGUGACGCCUUUACUCGUUGCUUCCCCAUUCCACCGCCACCGCCCGAAAGGAUCCAAGAACCACUGAGAGAUCCCUGUCUGCCCACGCCCUGUGGCCCCAAUUCCGAGUGCCGCAACAUCAAUGGAGUGCCCGCGUGCUCCUGUCUGCCAAGCUUCAUGGGCCAAGCGCCCAACUGCCGCCCCGAGUGCACCAUCAAUGCCGAGUGUCCCGCCAAUAGGGCGUGCAUCAAUCAGCGAUGUCGCGAUCCCUGUCCAGGGGCUUGCGGCCUGGAUGCUGUCUGUAGUGUCAUCAAUCAUACGCCGCUCUGCGCCUGCAUCGAUGGUUAUAUCGGAAAUCCAUUCACCAGAUGCAACCCCAAGCCACCAGAGCCCACAUCCCCGCCACCAGUCAGCGACGAUCCGUGCAAUCCCUCGCCCUGCGGCUCGAAUGCCGUGUGCCGCAAUGGCCAGUGCUCGUGUAUACCCGAAUAUCAGGGAGAUCCCUAUGUCUCCUGCCGCCCCGAGUGCGUGCUGAACACGGACUGUCCCAGAGAUCGGGCGUGCGUGCGCAACAAGUGCAUAGAUCCAUGUCCAGGCACCUGUGGCGUGAACGCCCUUUGCGAAGUGACAAAUCACAUACCCAUCUGUCGCUGUCCCGAUCGAAUGUCGGGCAAUGCAUUCUUCGAGUGUCGUCCCGUGCCGGCGGCGCCAAUCAUUCAACAGAAUCCCUGCCAGCCAACGCCAUGCGGACCCAACAGUCAGUGUCGCGUGGUGCAGAACACUGCCGUCUGCUCCUGCCUGCGGGAUUACGUGGGCAGUCCGCCCCAGUGCCGACCAGAGUGUGUCACCAACUCGGACUGUCCGGCUGAUCAGUCGUGUCAGAAUAUGAAGUGCCGCGAUCCCUGUCCGGGCACCUGCGGCUUCAAUGCUUUGUGCAACGUUGUCAACCACAGUCCCUUCUGCAGCUGCCCCACGGGCAUGUCCGGCAAUCCGUUCGUCAGCUGCCAGCAGCUGCCACAACGCGAUGAUCGACCACAGAACCCCUGUCAGCCCUCGCCCUGCGGCGCCAACUCUGAGUGUCGCGUCUCUGGAGACUCUCCAUCCUGCUCCUGCCUGCCAGAGUUCGUUGGAGCUCCGCCCAACUGCAAGCCCGAGUGCAUAUCCAGCUCCGAGUGCCCCACCAACAGAGCCUGCAUCAACCAGAAAUGUGUUGAUCCCUGUCCUGGAUUGUGCGGACAGAAUGCAAACUGUCGGGUGUUUAGCCACACGGCCAUGUGCCUGUGCGAGAACGGCUUCACUGGAGAUCCAUUCAGCCAGUGUAACCCUGUCCGAGCUGCACCCGUGGAGGUGCUGCAGCCCUGCAAUCCCAGUCCUUGCGGCGUCAAUGCCAAGUGCGAGGAGCGCGGUGGAGCUGGCUCCUGCACCUGUCUGCCGGAAUACUUUGGCAAUCCCUACGAUGGCUGUCGGCCCGAAUGUGUUCUCAACUCGGACUGUCCCUCAAACAGAGCGUGCGUGAAUCAAAAGUGCCGCGAUCCCUGUCCAGGAGUGUGCGGCCAGAGCGCCGAGUGCCAGGUGGUCAAUCAUCUGGCCACAUGCAAUUGUCUGAUUGGUUACACCGGAGACCCGUACACUCAAUGUCGCAUCGUAGAGAACGAACCACCCGUACCCAUCUAUGUGAAUCCCUGCCAGCCGUCACCCUGCGGUCCCAACUCGCGUUGCCGCGAGAUCAACGAUCAAGCUGUCUGCUCCUGUCUGCCCGAGUUCAUUGGCAGUCCCCCGGCCUGUCGUCCGGAGUGCACCAGCAGCUCUGAAUGUGCCGCCGACAAGGCGUGUGUGAAUCGCAAAUGCGUGGAUCCCUGUCCCGGAGUUUGCGGCCAGCAGGCCGAGUGCCGCGUUCGCAAUCACAAUCCCAUCUGUAGCUGUCUGAUUGGAUACACCGGAGAUCCGUUCACACGCUGUUACCGUCAGCCCCCUCCCCCAGAGGUGCCUGUAGAGAGAGAACCACUUGAUCCCUGUGUGCCCUCGCCGUGUGGCGCCAAUUCCCAGUGUCGCGAUGUCUAUGGCACACCCUCGUGCUCUUGCCUGCCCCAGUUUUUGGGAACGCCACCCAACUGCCGACCAGAGUGCUCCAUCAAUGCAGAGUGUCCCAGUCAUCAGGCGUGCAUCAAUCAAAAGUGUCGCGAUCCCUGUCCCGGCUCCUGUGGCCUCAACACCCAGUGCAAUGUGAUUAAUCACACUCCAAUCUGUAGCUGUCUUUUGGGCUAUAUCGGUGAUCCAUUCAGCGUUUGUAAUCCCGAGCCACCGCAGAAAAUUCAAGAUCCAUUGCCACCCCAAGAUCCUUGCUAUCCCUCGCCCUGUGGCUCCAACAGUCGCUGCAACAAUGGCGUCUGCUCGUGUCUGCCGGAAUACCAUGGCGAUCCCUACACCGGCUGUCGUCCCGAGUGUGUCCUGCACACAGAAUGCGAUCGUAGUCGGGCCUGUGUCCGUCACAAGUGUGUGGAUCCCUGUCCUGGUAUAUGUGGAACGAAUGCGAUAUGCGAGGUCUUGAAUCACAUUCCCAAUUGUCGCUGUCCUGCGGAAAUGCAGGGCAAUGCCUUCAUCCAGUGUAGUCCAGUUCCAAAGCUCGAUGUCGUUGAGAAUCCCUGCCAGCCCUCACCCUGCGGACCCAAUGCUCAGUGUCGCGUUGCCAACCAGCAGGCCAUUUGCUCCUGCAUCGAACCCUUCAUUGGCAGUCCACCAUUCUGUCGUCCGGAGUGCACCAGCAACGCGGAAUGUCCCCUGAACCUGGCCUGUUUGAACCAGAAAUGCAGCGAUCCCUGUCCGGGCGUCUGUGGCCGCAGUGCCCAGUGCCAUGUUACGAACCACAGUCCGUUCUGUCGCUGCCUGGACCGCCAUACGGGCAAUCCGUUUGUCAGUUGCCAGCCGAUUAUUGAGCCGCCAGUGCCACCACCGCGUCAGCCAUGCCUUCCAUCGCCCUGUGGCGCGUAUGCCCAGUGCAGAGAGAUUAAUGAGACGCCAUCGUGCACUUGUCUGCCCGAGUACAUUGGAACUCCGCCCAACUGUCGCCCCGAGUGCGUGACCAGCUCUGAGUGUCCCACAAAUCAGGCGUGCAUCCAGCAAAAGUGCCGCGAUCCAUGUCCCGGUCUGUGUGGCCUCUUGGCCGAGUGCCGUGUGCUCUCGCACACACCCAGUUGCAUCUGUCCCGAGGGCAUGGAGGGUGAUCCGUUCACCCAGUGCACGGAGAAGAGAAUUCAGCAAUUGGAUCGAUUGGACCCAUGCAAUCCCAGUCCCUGUGGCGUCAAUGCGAGAUGCACUUCGCGCCAGGAUGCUGGCUCUUGUCAGUGUCUGCCGGAAUACUUUGGCAAUCCCUACGAAGGCUGCCGUCCGGAAUGUGUCCUCAAUUCGGAUUGUCCUUCGAACAGAGCCUGUCAGCAGCAAAAGUGCGAGGAUCCCUGCCCGGGAACCUGCGGCCAGAAUGCCAUCUGCAAUGUCCUCACCCACGUGCCCAGCUGCAGCUGCAUCACGGGCUACUCCGGUGAUCCCUACCGCCAGUGCCUACCCGAACGUCAACCCAUCAAGGAGUAUGUGAAUCCCUGCCAACCCUCGCCCUGUGGCCCCAAUUCCCAGUGUCGUGAGUCCAACGAACAGGCUGUCUGCUCUUGUCUGCCCGAAUAUGUGGGUGCACCUCCCGUCUGUCGACCCGAGUGCACCAUCUCAUCAGAGUGCUCGUCGGACAAGGCCUGCGUGGGCCAGAAGUGUAUCGAUCCCUGCCCCAAUACCUGCGGAGAGCAGGCCACCUGUCGCGUCGUGAAUCACAGUCCCAUUUGCACAUGUCGUGCCGGUUACACGGGCGAUGCCUUCUAUCGCUGUGUCCCCAAGCCUCCUGUGCCAGUGGCUCCGCCAGUGCAAAAGACACCUGUCGAUCCCUGUGUGCCCUCGCCCUGUGGCCCAUACGCCGAGUGUCGUGCGAAUGGCGAUGCUCCUGUCUGCUCCUGUUCGAUUGGUUAUCUGGGUGCACCACCUAACUGCCGCCCAGAGUGUCGCAUCAAUGCAGAGUGCCUCAGUCGUGAGGCUUGCAUCAAUGAAAAGUGUCGCGAUCCCUGCCCCGGCUCCUGUGGCUUUGGCGCCACUUGCAAUGUGAUCAAUCAUACGCCCAGCUGCACCUGCCCACCGGGAUACACGGGUGACCCAUUCACUCACUGUCAGCCCCAACCACCACCACCACCAAUUGUGGAGCUAGAGGAUCCCUGCCAGCCAUCACCCUGCGGAGCCAAUGCUCUGUGCAACGCUGGCGUUUGUACGUGCAUCGCGGAAUACCAUGGUGAUCCCUAUAGCGGCUGUCGCCCCGAGUGCAUCACCAGUUUGGAUUGCUCCCGGGAUCUUGCCUGUGCGCGUCACAAGUGCUUCGAUCCCUGCCCGGGCACCUGUGCCCCCAAUGCCAUUUGUACGGUCCUCAAUCAUGUCCCGAUGUGCACCUGUCCUGAGGGUUAUGCUGGCAAUGCGUUUAUCCAGUGCCAACCAGUGCCACCACCAGCCAUUGUCCAGCCUUGUCAACCCUCGCCCUGUGGCCCCAAUUCUCAGUGCCGUGAGGCGAAUGGUCAGGCGGUAUGCUCCUGUGUGCCAGGAUAUAUUGGAACGCCUCCAAUCUGUCGUCCAGAGUGCACCUCGAACGCCGAGUGUGUGUCCCUCCAGGCGUGUGUAAAUCAAAAGUGCGUCGAUCCGUGUCCUGGUGCCUGUGGCAGGAAUGCCCAGUGCAGUGUCGUCAAUCACAAUCCCUUCUGCACGUGUCUGCCCCACUAUACGGGCAACCCGUUUGUGGGCUGCCAGCAGAUCAUCGAACCUCCACAGAGAGAGGAAAUAAUUCCACGUGAUCCCUGCCGUCCGUCCCCCUGCGGACCAAAUGCCGAGUGUCGUGCCGUUGGGGACACACCAUCGUGCUCCUGCCUGCCAGAAUUUGUGGGCUCUCCGCCGUACUGUAAGCCGGAAUGUGUGACUAACUCCGAGUGUCCAUCGAAUCGUGCUUGCAUCAAUCGAAAGUGUCGCGAUCCCUGCCCCGGUCUGUGCGGUUUCAGUGCCAUUUGUCGCGUUGUAUCGCACACGGCCAUGUGCAUCUGUGAUGCAGGCCUCACCGGCGAUCCCUUCACCCAGUGCCAACCGAUUGUCCACGAUGUGGAGAUCAUCAAUCCGUGCCAUCCCUCGCCCUGCGGCUCAAACGCCGAGUGCAUACAACGCAACGGAGCGGGCGCUUGUCAGUGUCUGCCGGAAUACUUUGGAAAUCCCUACGAGGGCUGUCGCCCAGAGUGCGUACUCAACUCGGAUUGUCCCGCGAACAGAGCCUGCCAGCAGGAAAAGUGCCGCGAUCCCUGCCCCGGCAGCUGUGGCCAGAAUGCCGAGUGUAAUGUCGUGAAUCAUACGCCCCUCUGCAGCUGCUUCCCUGGAUUCAUAGGCGAUCCGUAUCGCUAUUGCAAUCAACCGCCAGAACCUAUUGUCCACGAGUAUGUGAAUCCCUGUCAGCCAUCGCCCUGUGGCUCCAAUGCCAUUUGUCGUGUGGUAAACGAACAGGCCGUCUGCUCCUGUGCCCCCGAGUUCGAAGGAGCCCCACCCAACUGUCGUCCCCAGUGUACCUCCAGCUCUGAGUGUCCCGCCACCAAGGCGUGCAUCAGCUACAAGUGUGCUGAUCCCUGUCCUGGUGUGUGUGGCCACCAAGCGAUCUGUGAGGUGCGCAACCAUAGUCCCAUCUGCAGGUGUCCCCCCGCGCUGAUGGGCGAUCCCUUCGUGCGCUGCCUGCCCCGACCAGAGAUUCCUCCACCUCCCCUGAGAGAUGUGGCCCCCUAUCGCGAUCCCUGUGCACCCUCACCCUGUGGCCUGUACUCUGCCUGCCGCAACCAGCAGCAGCAGGCUGUGUGCUCCUGUUUGCCGAACUACUUUGGCACUCCCCCCAACUGCCGACCCGAGUGCUCCAUCAAUGCAGAGUGUCCCAGCCAUUUGGCGUGCAUCCAACAAAGGUGUCGAGACCCUUGCCCCGGCGCCUGUGGCCAGCAGACCGAGUGUCGGGUGACCAAUCAUGUGCCCAGCUGUCUGUGCCUGCAGGGCUAUGUGGGAGACGCCUUCCUCGCCUGCCACCCAGCUCCACCCCCUCCAACCUACGACGAGCUCCGUGAUCCCUGCAAUCCCAGUCCCUGCGGCAGCAAUGGCAUUUGUUCGGGCGAGGGACAGUGCCAAUGUGUGGCUGAAUAUCUGGGUGAUCCCUAUGUCUCCUGCCGACCCGAAUGUGUGCUGAGUUCUGAGUGUCCCAGGCAUCUGGCCUGCAUCCAUCAAAAGUGCACGGACCCCUGUCCAGGCACAUGCGGUGCUAAUGCCAUCUGUGAAGUUCAGAGCCACAUAGCCAUGUGCCAUUGUCCCCCGGGAAUGACGGGCAAUGCCUUCUCCCAGUGCAGUCCCGUACGCGAUGCCGUUGAAGUCUAUCGCAAUCCCUGUAGCCCAUCACCCUGCGGCAGCUAUGCCGAGUGUCGCGAGCGGAAUGGUCAGGCCAUCUGCAGCUGUUUGCCCAACUACUUUGGGGUGCCACCCGCGUGCCGACCCGAGUGCAGCAGCAACUACGAUUGUGCUCCCCAUUUGGCGUGCCAGAACCAGCGUUGUGUCGAUCCCUGUCCCGGAGCUUGUGGCGCCAAUGCCCAAUGCCGCGCCGUCAGCCACAGUCCCUUCUGCAGCUGCCGGCCUGGUUACACGGGCAAUCCCUUCGUUCAGUGUCAUAUGAUCUUUGAACCUUUGAGGGAUGUUGCGCCUCGUGAUCCCUGCCAGCCAUCCCCUUGUGGACCCAACAGCGAGUGUCGACCCGUGGGUGAGACACCAUCCUGCUCCUGCCUGGCCAACUUCUUUGGCACUCCGCCCAACUGUCGGCCCGAGUGUGUGUCCAACUCUGAGUGCAGCUCGGUCCAAGUUUGUGUGAACAAUCGCUGCAGAGAUCCCUGCCCAGGCCUCUGUGGCACAUCUGCAUUCUGUCGCGUCAUCAGCCAUAGUGCCAUGUGCUACUGCGAGACAGGAUACAGUGGUGAUCCAUUUAUCCGCUGUGAACCUAUUAUUGUACGUGACCCAGUGGAGGUGCUGCAGCCUUGUAACCCGAGUCCCUGUGGCACCUUUGCCGAGUGCCGGCAACAGAAUGGAGUGGGCUCCUGUCAGUGUCUGCCCGAAUACUACGGCAAUCCCUACGAGUCCUGCCGUCCCGAGUGCGUCCUCGACUCUGACUGUGCCUCGAACCGUGCCUGUGUGAAUCAGAAGUGCCGCGAUCCCUGUCCUGGAGUGUGUGGCCAGAAUGCCGAGUGCUAUGUCCGCAAUCAUUUGCCCACCUGCAACUGCCUGAACGGUUAUGUGGGAGAUCCUUAUAGCUACUGCAGCAUUGAGCCCAAACCCCUUCGUGAAUAUGUGAAUCCCUGCCAGCCCUCUCCCUGUGGCCCCAACUCCCAGUGCCGUGAACUGAAUGGUCUCGCCACCUGCUCCUGUCUGCCCGAGUAUGUGGGCAGCCCGCCUGGCUGUCGUCCCGAGUGUACAGUCUCUUCGGAAUGCAACCUGGACAGAGCAUGUGUGAGCCACAAGUGUGUGGAUCCCUGUCCGAAUGCCUGUGGCAGCAAUGCCAUUUGUCGUGGCAUAAACCAUGCCCCUCUGUGUUCCUGUCAGCCAGGCUACACGGGAGAUCCAUUCACCCGUUGCUAUCCAGUGCCUCCGCCCUCACCACAAAUCCUGUACGACAUUGUGAGAGAUCCCUGCCAGCCAUCGCCCUGCGGCGCCAAUGCCCAGUGCAGACAAUCCCAGGGUCAGGCCAUUUGUAGCUGUUUCCACAACUACUUUGGUCAGCCGCCCAACUGUCGACCCGAGUGUACCCAGAGUUCCGAGUGCCUGUCCAGCCGUGCGUGCAUAAAUCAACGCUGUGUGGAUCCCUGUCCCGGCUCCUGUGCCUACAAUGCCCUCUGCACCACGCGUAACCAUGUGCCCAGCUGUCAGUGUCCCCCUCGAUAUGUGGGAGAUCCAUUCACCAAUUGUUACCCCGAACCGCCAGCACCACCCACACCCAUUGCCCUUGAUGAUCCCUGCCAGCCCUCGCCCUGUGGAGCCAAUGCUCUGUGCUCGAAUGGUCAGUGUUCCUGCAUUGGCGACUAUCAGGGAGAUCCCUACAGGGGCUGCCGUCCCGAGUGUGUCCUGAAUGCCGACUGUUCGAGAGAUCGUGCCUGUGUGCGCCACAAGUGUGUGGAUCCCUGCCCGGGCACCUGUGCCCCCAAUGCCAUAUGCGAGACAAUCAAUCACAUUGCCAUGUGCCGUUGUCCCGAACAGAUGACGGGCAAUGCCUUCAUUCAGUGCGAGAUUCCACAAGUGGCACUAUCGCCUCCCGAUCCUUGUGCCCCAUCACCGUGCGGCCCGAACAGCCGUUGCCGCGUGUUCAACAACAAUGCCGUGUGCUCCUGCAUUGAGGAUUAUGUGGGUACACCACCCAAUUGCCGACCCGAGUGCACCCACAAUUCGGAUUGUCUGCCGAGACUGGCCUGCCAGCGGCAGCACUGCAUCGAUCCCUGUCCCGGAACCUGCGGCUUCAACGCCCUCUGUCAUGUGGUCAAUCAUGCACCAAUCUGCAGUUGUCCGCCCCAACACAAUGGCAAUCCCUUCACGGGCUGCUUCCCGCAGCCAGUGCGUCGCGAUGAGGAGCCCAGGAACCCCUGUCAGCUCUCUCCCUGCGGACCUUAUGCCCAGUGCCGUGCUGUGGGAGAUCAGGCACAGUGCAGCUGUCUUCCCAGCUACAUUGGAACGCCGCCCAACUGCCGGCCCGAGUGUGUGACCAAUUCGGAGUGCAACUUCGAUAGGGCGUGCAUCCGACAGCACUGCAGCGAUCCGUGUCCCGGCGUUUGUGGCACCAAUGCCCAAUGCCAUGUGAUCAGCCAUGCCGCCAUGUGCCAUUGCCUGCCCGGCUACACGGGUGAUCCAUUCAGCGCCUGCCACCAGCCGCCAAUCAUUCAACAGAUCGAACAUAUCCAGCCAUGCUCCCCGAAUCCCUGUGGAGCCAAUGCUGUGUGUCGCCACGAGGGCAGUGCCGGCUCCUGCCAAUGCCUGCCCGAAUACUAUGGCAAUCCCUACGAGGCCUGUCGUCCCGAGUGUGUAGCCGACAGCGAUUGUCCUGCGGAUAAGUCCUGCCAUCAUUUGAAGUGCCGCGAUCCAUGUCCCGGGGUUUGUGCUUUGAAUGCCGCCUGUCGCGUCAUCAAUCACCUGCCCACCUGUCAUUGUCUCAGUGGAUUCCUGGGCGAUCCCUACAGCUACUGUCGUCUGCCAGAGAAACCUAUCCUCAAGGAGUAUGUGAAUCCCUGCCAGCCCUCUCCCUGUGGCCCCAACUCCCAGUGCCGUGAGAACAACGAGCAGGCCAUCUGCUCAUGUCUACGGGAAUAUGUGGGAGCACCGCCCAACUGUCGACCCGAGUGCGUCUCGAGUGGCGAGUGUCCGCGUGACAAGGCCUGCCUCAAUCAAAAGUGUGCCGAUCCCUGUCCCGGCGUGUGUGGCUCCAAUGCCGAGUGUCAUGUCUUCCAGCAUGCCCCGAUCUGCAGCUGUCGUCCCGGUUUCACGGGCGAUGCCUUCACCCGAUGCCUGCCCCUGCCACCACCUAGUCCCCCGCUUUUGGAUGUCUACCGCGAUCCCUGUGUACCCUCGCCCUGCGGCCAGUAUGCAGAGUGUAGGGACACCCAAGGCAGCGCCACUUGCACCUGUCUGCCCUCGUACUAUGGCACUCCGCCCAACUGCCGGCCCGAGUGCACCAUCGCCGAGGAUUGUCCCUCGCAUUUGGCUUGCCAACAGCAGCAUUGUCGCGAUCCCUGCCCGGGAGCCUGUGGCUUCAAUGCCCUCUGCACGGUGAUCAACCACAAUCCCACGUGUCAGUGUGCUCCAGGAAUGAUUGGAAAUCCAUUCACCUCCUGCCAUGCCCGGCCACGCGACCCACCACCACAGGAUACCAGCGAUCCCUGCGCCUCGAUCUCGUGUGGCGUCAAUGCUGUCUGCCGCCAGGGAAGUUGCAGCUGUCUACCAGAGUUUAUUGGAAAUCCCUUGAUUGGCUGUCGGCCCGAGUGCAUCCUGAGUACGGAAUGCGACUAUGACAAGGCGUGCGUGCGGAACAAGUGCAUCGAUCCAUGUCCCGGCACUUGCGGUUCCAAUGCCAUCUGUGAGGUUCACCGACACGUGGCCAUGUGCCACUGUCCACCGGGAAUGACUGGCAAUGCCUUCUCCCAGUGCCGACCACUGCCGCCAGCACAGGAUCCUCCUCCCAUCAUAGUCGAUCCCUGCCAGCCAUCACCUUGCGGACCCAAUGCCCAAUGUCGACGUGUCAACGGACAGGCCGUGUGCUCGUGUCUGUCACAAUUUGUGGGCACACCACCAUCCUGCCGUCCAGAGUGCGUCAGCAAUGGGGAAUGUCCAUUGCAUUUGGCGUGUCUGCAGCAGAAGUGUCGCGAUCCCUGUCCCGGCUCCUGUGGCCUCAAUGCCGAGUGUCGUGUGAUCAAUCACAGUCCCAACUGUCACUGCAUUCAAUCGUUUACGGGCAAUCCAUUUGUGGCAUGCCACCGCCAACUGCCGCCUGUCCGGCAGGAUCCACCUCUGCUGGACCCUUGUCAACCAUCUCCGUGUGGCGCCAACGCAGAGUGUCGCGCCCAAGGAACCACUGCACAAUGCAGCUGCCUCGCUGGAUUUGUGAGCACACCACCCGACUGCCGACCGGAAUGCGUCUCCAACUCUGAUUGUCCCACGAAUCUGGCAUGCCGCAACGAAAAGUGCCACGAUCCCUGUCCCGGAGUCUGUGGCCUGAAUGCCGAGUGUUAUGUGAUCAAUCACACGCCCAUGUGCACGUGUCUCGGUGGAUAUAAUGGCAAUCCCUUUGAUGGCUGUCAAGUAGUGCGUGAUGUCCCAGAAACGCCACUCAAUCCGUGUGUGCCCAGUCCCUGUGGCGCCAAUGCUAUUUGCAGUGAACGAAAUGGAGCUGGAGCAUGCCAGUGCCUGCCUGAGACCUAUGGAAAUCCCUACGAAGGCUGUCGUCCCGAGUGUGUUCUUAAUACGGACUGUCCCAACCAUUUGGCGUGUGUCAACCAGCAUUGCCGCGAUCCCUGUCCCGGCACAUGCGGCUCCAAUGCCCUGUGCCAAGUGCGAAAUCAUUUGCCGCAAUGCCAGUGCCUAGCGGGCUACCAGGGAAAUCCCUACACCUAUUGCAGUCUCCUGAGCGAUCCCCUGCCCGAACCCAUUGCCUCCCGUCCCUGCCAGCCCUCGCCAUGUGGACCCAAUGCCCAGUGUCGUGAGGCGAAUGGUCAAGCCAUUUGCAAGUGUCUGCCCGACUUUAUUGGCUCUCCGCCCGCGUGUAGACCCGAGUGUACCAUAUCCAGCGAGUGUGACCUGACCAGAGCAUGCGUGCAGCAUCACUGUGUGGAUCCCUGCCCCGGAAUCUGCGGCAGCAAUGCCCAAUGCCAUGUCCUCAACCACAGUCCCCACUGCAGUUGUCUGCCCGGCUACACUGGCGAUGCCUUCAGUGGCUGUCAGAAGAUUCGACCCGCCAUUAGCUAUGAUGCUCCUCCUCCCAAGGAUACCUACAGCGACCCGUGUGUUCCCUCGCCGUGCGGCACCUUUGGCCAGUGCAGAGAUCAGGGCAAUCAGCAGGCCGUGUGCUCCUGUCUGCCAGGAUACUUUGGUGUGCCGCCUCAGUGCCAGCCAGAGUGUGUCAUCAAUCCCGACUGCGCCUCGCACUUGGCGUGCAUCAGUGAGAAGUGUCGCGAUCCCUGUCCCGGCUCCUGUGGCCUGCUGGCCCACUGCAACGUCAUCAAUCACACGCCCAUCUGCAGCUGUCCACCUGGCUAUCAGGGCAAUCCCUUUGUGAGCUGCCGACCCCAACCUCCACCAGCUCCGAUUCCAGUGUUGCGCGAUGCCUGCAAUCCCUCGCCCUGCGGCUCCAAUGCCGUUUGCAGUGCCGGGGGACAGUGCAGCUGUCUGGCGGAAUUCGAUGGAAAUCCCUAUGUGGGCUGUCGCCCAGAGUGUGUCCUGAAUACAGAGUGUGCCCGGGACAGGGCCUGUCAGCGCAACAAAUGCGUGGAUCCAUGUCCGGGUGCCUGUGGUGUGGGCGCCGUUUGUGAGGUGCGCAACCACAUUCCCAUCUGCCACUGUCCAGCCGGAACAUCUGGCAACGCCUUUACCCAGUGUACAACCAUGCAAUCUGCACCCGUGGAGUCCCUGAAUCCCUGCCAGCCAUCACCCUGUGGAUCGAAGGCCCAGUGUCGCGUGGCCAAUCAGCAGGCUGUGUGCUCCUGUCUGCCAGGAUACUUUGGAGUACCGCCCAAAUGUCGACCCGAGUGCACCAUCAACUCGGACUGUGCCCCCCACUUGGCGUGCCUCAAUCAACAGUGUCGCGAUCCCUGUCCCGGUGCGUGCGGGCAGUUUGCCAACUGCCAGGUCAUUCGACAUGUCCCACACUGCAGUUGUCCCGCAGGAUACACGGGCAAUGCCUUCUCCCUGUGUCAGCGAACUCCACCAGUGAUUGUGCAGCGAGAACCUGUUCAUGUGAAUCCCUGCCAGCCAUCACCAUGUGGAUCGAAUGCUCAGUGCACAGAACAAGGCGAUAAAGCCAUUUGCAAAUGCCUCGAAGGCUACAUAGGAUCACCGCCCAGCUGUCGACCCGAGUGUAUAACAUCUUCAGAGUGCGCCAACCAAUUGGCAUGCAUCCAACAGAAGUGCCGCGAUCCAUGUCCUGGUUUGUGCGGUCAAGCAGCCAGCUGCCAGGUCGUCAGCCAUGUGCCGUCGUGCAUUUGCAUUGGCGAUUACAUUGGAGAUCCCUACACGGCCUGCCGUCCACGACCACAGAUCGAAAGAGAUCAGAUCAAUCCAUGUGCGCAGAAUCCCUGCGGCAACAAUGCCAUUUGCAGACAACAAGGAGGACCUGCGUCAUGCCAGUGCCUGCCAGAGACCUAUGGAAAUCCGUACGAGGGAUGCCGACCCGAGUGUGUUCUCAAUUCGGACUGUUCUGGCCAUUUGGCCUGCUUGAAUCAACAUUGUCGCGAUCCCUGUCCCGGCAGCUGUGCGCCUAACGCACAAUGCCAGGUCGUCAAUCACAUUCCCAGCUGUAGCUGCUAUCCCGGCUACAGAGGGGAUCCCUACACCCAUUGCCAGUUGGUGCCUGUCCAGGCAGAACCAAUCGAUCCUGUUGAUCCCUGUCAGCCCUCGCCGUGUGGCCCCAACUCUGAGUGCAGCGUAGCCCAGGGACAGGCUGUCUGUCGCUGCCUGCCCGAUUACUAUGGUUCUCCGCCCGCCUGUCGACCCGAAUGCACCACCAAUCCCGAGUGUCCCCAUGAUAGAGCCUGCGUGGCCAGACAUUGCGCAGAUCCGUGUCCCGGUGCCUGUGGCCAGAAUGCCAUUUGUCAGGCGCGCCAACACCGAGCCCUGUGCUCAUGUCCGCCUGGCUACACCGGCGACGCCUUCAUGCGUUGCCUUCCACUGCCUCCGCCCCAGCAACCCAUUCGCCAGUCGUCUCCUCCCCCUGUAAAUCCCUGUGUGCCCUCACCCUGCGGACAGUAUGCCCAGUGCCGCGAGCAGUACGGACAAGGUGUGUGCACCUGUCUGGACUCCUACUACGGCACUCCGCCCCACUGUCGACCCGAGUGCACCCUCAACUCUGACUGUCCCAGCCAUCGGGCGUGCAUCAACCAGAAGUGCCGCGAUCCCUGUCCCGGGGCCUGUGGUCUGUACGCCCAGUGUGCGGUGCUCAAUCAUGUGCCCAGUUGUUCCUGUCCACAAGGAUACCUUGGAGAUCCCUUCUUCCGCUGCUAUCCAGCGCCAACUCCGUAUCCAGUGGCUCCCAUUGUGUCCCAAGAUGAUCCCUGCCAUCCCUCGCCCUGUGGUCCCAAUGCUCAGUGCUCGAAUGGCAUCUGCAGCUGUCUGCCACUCUACCAAGGCGAUCCCUAUGCAGGCUGUCGUCCCGAGUGCGUGCUGAGCACAGAGUGUCCUUGGGAUAAGGCCUGCAUACGCAAUCGUUGCGUGGAUCCGUGUCCGGGAACGUGUGGCUCUGGAGCCUACUGUCGUGUUCAAAAUCAUGUAGCCCUGUGUCACUGUCCGGAUGGGCAGCAAGGAAAUCCUUUCGUGCUAUGCCAGCCCAUUAGGCAGCUGGAUUCACCCAUUCAGCUGCAUCCCUGCCAGCCAUCGCCUUGUGGCGCCCAUGGACAGUGUCGCGAGAUUGGCUCCCAGGCGGAAUGCACCUGCCUGCCCGGCUAUUACGGCAGCCCGCCCGUCUGUCGGCCAGAGUGCGUAAGCGACUCCGAGUGUCCGCCGAGGCGCUCGUGCAUGAAUCAAAAGUGCCGCGAUCCUUGUCCCGGAGCCUGUGGCUAUCUGGCCGAGUGCCACGUAAUCAACCACAGUCCGCAAUGCGUUUGCCCGGCAGGCUACACGGGCAGUCCGUACUCCCAGUGCCAGGUGAUUCGUAGAGCUCCUGUUGAACGGGAACCCAUCGAUCCCUGCACGCCCUCGCCCUGUGGCCCCCACUCGCAGUGCAGCAAUGAGGAUGGCCUCAAUGCCAUCUGCCGUUGCCUGCCCGAGUAUCUGGGAGUGCCACCAUACUGCCGGCCCGAGUGCAUUGCCAACAGCGAGUGUCCCGGCGACAGGGCUUGCAUCAAUUGGAAGUGCCAGGAUCCCUGUCCCGGCCUCUGCGGCUACAAUGCCAUCUGCCGGACGUACAACCACCAACCGAACUGUGUCUGUGCCCCGGGGCUGGUGGGCAAUCCGUUCAACUCGUGUCUGCCUCCAGCACGUCUUCCGUCCUACGAAUCCCCCGUGAUACCCACAACGGCCAUAGAAGUAUUGCAACAUGAUCAGCCCAUACGCAAUCCGUGCGAGCCGAAUCCCUGCGGGGCCAAUGCUCGAUGCAGUCAGCAGAGAGGCGUUGCCUCCUGCGUCUGCUUGCCGGACUACUAUGGCAAUCCGUACGACGCCUGCCGACCAGAGUGCAUCCUGAAUUCCGAUUGUGCUUCGGACAGGGCGUGCGUGCAGCAAAAGUGUCGCGAUCCGUGCCCCGGCACCUGCGGCCUCAAUGCCGAAUGCCACGUGCUGGAUCAUUUGCCCCAUUGCCAGUGCUUCAGGGGCUACACGGGUAAUCCUCUGGCCCACUGUGCCCCACUGCCAGUUGUCCAGAAAUCACCCUUAACGCCAUGUGAUCCCUCGCCCUGUGGACCCAAUGCCAAGUGUCAGCCAUCGAAUGACCAAGCCGUUUGCUCCUGUCUGCCCGAUUUCUAUGGAACUCCGCCCCAGUGUCGACCCGAGUGUACUUUGAACUCAGAGUGUGCCCUUGAUAGGGCGUGUGUCCAUCUCAAGUGUGUCGAUCCCUGUCCAGGAAUCUGCGGCUUGAAUGCCCAGUGUCGGGUUCACUAUCACAGUCCAAUCUGCUACUGCAUCGCCUCGCAUACCGGUGAUCCCUUCACCCGCUGCUACGAGAUACCCACGAGACGUAAGAAUAUACUCCCCGACAGUGUAAACGGAUGCACGCCUAACCAUUCCACUCCUCUGGCCACUCCUCAUUUCCCUACAGCCCCGACAGCCGAAAGCCCCCAACAGAUAUACGACACCCCAUCGCCACCCUACCCCGUGUCAAUCCCCGGUUUGGUGUACAUCCAACAACAGCAGCCUGGAAUUGUUAAUAUUCCCAACCAUCCACCAAGCCCACAAUAUCCUCAACAACCAGGAGUUGUAAACUAUCCAUCUACGAUUACACAACAACCGGGAGGAAUAGUUAAUAUUCCAUCUCUGCCACAGCCUGUGCCUGCAGUUCCCCAACGACCAGUGUUAACACCAUCACCUACAUACCCAACACCUGCGCCACAGCCUGGAUUAGUGAAUAUACCCUCUGUGCCACAGCCAGUGUAUCCGUCACCAAAACCACCGGUUUACAAUGUGAACUAUCCAACGCCUCACACACCGAUUCAUCAGGCACCAGGAAUUGUACAUAUUCCUUCAGCGCCUCAGCCGACACCUGCACCACAGCCAGGAGUGAUUAAUAUUCCUUCUGUGCCACAGCCACAGCCACAGCCAGGUUAUCCACAACAGCCAGGAAUCGUAAAUAUACCUUCAGUGCACCAACCAGUGCACCCAUCACCACAACCACCGAUAUACGAUGUGACUUAUCCUACGACUCCGCAACAUCAACCUCCUGCACCCGGAAUAGUGAACAUACCUUCUGUGCCGAAGCCAAUACCUGCACCACAGCCAGGAGUGUAUAAUAUACCUUCUGUGCCGCAGCCAAUACCUGCACCGCAGCCAGGAGUAUAUAAUAUUCCCUCUGUACCUCAGCCGUCACCUGCUCCACAGCCAGGAGCUAUUAAUAUUCCUUCUGUGCCACAGCCGAUACCUUCACCACAGCCAGGAGUUAUUAACAUUCCCUCUGUACCUCAGCCGACACCUGCACCACAGCCAGGAGUGUAUAAUAUACCUUCUGUGCCGCAACCAGUGUACCCUACACCUCAGCCGCCAGUUUACGAUGUUAACUAUCCCACGCCACACACUCCGGUGCCGCAAAGUCCUGGAAUUGUGAAUAUCCCAUCUGUACCGCAGCCUGUGCCACCCGUUUCGCAACGUCCAGUAUUUAUACCCACACCAGUGAACCCAGUGACACCUGCACCUCAGCCGGGAGUGAUCAAUAUUCCAUCUGUACACCAACCAGUGUAUCCCACACCUCAGCCAGCGAUUGUACACCGUCCUGCCAUAUACGACGUGUACUAUCCACCGCCUCCAUCGAUACCAGGUGUCAUCAAUAUACCCUCACCUCCUCGACCAGUUUACCCGGUGCCACAGCAGCCAAUCUAUGUUCCAGCUCCAACUCCACAACCACAACCACAACCUAAACCCCAACCGGGCGUAGUAAACAUUCCUUCGGUACCACAGCCAACGUAUCCACCAACCCAAGACGUUAGUUAUCCAAUACCUCAACCCAAUCCUGUACCAGGAGUUAUAAACGUGCCUUCUGUGCCACAACCAACUCCCUCACCACAACCUGUGCCAGGAGUGAUCAAUGUACCAUCAAAACCAACUCCACCCAGCUAUGUACCAACUCCAGGAGUGGUCAACAUUCCUUCGGUACCACAGCCAACGUAUCCAACGCAAAAUCCACCCAUACAUGAUGUGAGCUAUCCAAUACCUCAACCCAAUCCUGUACCAGGAGUUAUAAACGUGCCUUCUGUGCCACAACCAACUCCCUCACCACAACCUGUGCCAGGAGUGAUCAAUGUACCAUCACAACCAACUCCACCCAGCUAUGUACCAACUCCAGGAGUGGUCAACAUUCCUUCGGUACCACAGCCCACGUAUCCAACGCAAAAUCCACCCAUACAUGAUGUGAGCUAUCCAAUACCUCAACCCAAUCCUGUACCAGGAGUUAUAAACGUGCCUUCUGUGCCACAACCAACUCCCUCACCACAACCUUUGCCAGGAGUGAUCAAUGUACCAUCACAACCAACUCCACCCAGCUAUGUACCAACUCCAGGAGUGGUCAACAUUCCUUCGGUACCACAGCCAACGUAUCCACCACAGAAUCCACCAAUCCAAGAUGUUAGCUAUCCAACACCACAACCAAUUCCUGUACCUGGAGUUAUAAAUGUGCCUUCUGUACCACAACCAGUGCCAUCAGCAACACCUGGUGUGGUCAAUAUUCCAUCACAUCCAUCACCGCCGGUUUAUGUGCCAACUCCAGGAGUGGUAAACAUUCCGUCAGUGCCACAACCUUCUCCCACGGCACCUCAACAGCCUGUGUACGAUAUCAAUUAUGAGAUUCAUCGACCACAACCCACACCUGGAACUAUCAAUAUACCAUCCGUGGCACAGCCAGUACCCACACGUCGUCCCAACUAUGAUGUGGCGAGACCUGCGUUUGAGUUUAAUCCGUGCUAUCCAUCGCCCUGCGGACCGUACUCGCAAUGCCACAAUCGCUUCGGAGCGGCCGCCUGCGUGUGUUUGCCCAACUACAGUGGAACUCCGCCCAACUGCCGGCCGGAAUGUGUAGUUCAAUCGGACUGCCCCUCAGCGCUGGCGUGCAUUAAUGAGAAGUGUCGGGAUCCGUGCCCGGGAUUAUGCGGCUAUGAGGCAGUGUGUCGAGUGCAUGAACAUGUGCCCAAUUGCUUCUGUCGCUCCGGAUACACGGGAGAUCCAUUCGUGUCCUGUAGACCAACACCGAUACAGCGUGAACCCAUCGUGCAGAAGGAUCCAUGUUAUCCUUCAAUAUGCGGACCCAAUGCGGUGUGUCAUGAUGGAAAAUGCAGCUGCCUACCGGAGUAUCGCGGCGAUCCCUACUUUGGCUGUCGACCAGAGUGUGUCCUGAACACGGAGUGUGCGCGGGACAAGGCGUGCAUCAAUCAGAAGUGCCAGGAUCCCUGUCCAGGAACAUGUGGACUGAACGCCCUCUGCCAUGUCUACAACCAUUUGGCGACCUGCUCAUGCCCGGAACGAAUGCAGGGCGAUGCCUUUGUGCGCUGCGAUCCCAUUCCAGCCACAAUAGAGCCACCACAAACGACAUUGCCCGCUGUGAUACCGCAGCGUACACCAAUCGAUCCCUGCAGACCUUCGCCAUGCGGACCCAACGCCAAUUGCCGGGCCUAUCAUGAGCAGGCGAUAUGCUACUGUCUCCCGGGAUACAUGGGCACUCCACCCGCUUGUCGUCCCGAGUGCACCUCUAACUCUGACUGUGCUCUGGACAAAUAUUGCCUGAAUCUUAAGUGUCGCGAUCCCUGCCCAGGGGCAUGCGGCAUUCGUGCCAUCUGCCACGUGCAGAGCCACAGUCCCCGCUGUGUGUGUCCGCCCCAACUCACGGGUAACCCCUUACUCUCGUGUCAGCCCAUAGUUUUGCCACCACCACCUCCUCGCGAUGAAGUUAACCCAUGUCUGCCCUCGCCUUGUGGUCCCCACUCUGAAUGUCAGGCGACGCCAGAUGGCUUUGCCCGCUGCUCGUGUCUGCCCGAAUACUCCAGGGGCACACCACCCCACUGUCGGCCAGAGUGCGUGAGCAGCGCCGACUGCCCCGCCGACAAGGCGUGCCGCAAUUACAAGUGCGUCGAUCCCUGCCCCGGCAGCUGCGGCCAACUGGCACUAUGUCGUGUGGUGGCCCACAGUCCUGUUUGCUACUGCCCCGAGGGCUAUGUGGGCAAUGCCUACAGCAUUUGUGCACGUCCCGAGCCACCCGUAAGGGAUGUGGCUGUGCCUAAGCCUGUGCCCUGCCAGCCCAGUCCCUGCGGCAUCAAUGCCAUUUGUCGGCCCCACCAUGACAUUAGUGUGUGCCAGUGCCUGCCCGACUAUUACGGCAAUCCGUAUGAGAUCUGUCGCCCCGAGUGCACAGUGAAUUCGGAUUGCAGUAGCGACCGUGCUUGCCUUGGCGAGAAGUGUCGCGAUCCCUGUCCCGGUGCCUGCGGCCCCAAUGCCCAUUGUCUGGCCAUAAACCACAGCCCUGUCUGCGAGUGCCUUGGGGGUUACAAUGGCAAUCCCUAUCUCGCAUGUCAUCGGCUGCAGCAUGAACCCACGCCACCGGAAUACGUGAAUCCUUGCCAGCCAUCGCCGUGCGGUGCCAAUGCCCAGUGUCGCGAGUCCCAGGGCCAGGCUAUAUGCUCCUGUCUGCCCGAAUUUGUGGGCACACCGCCCGCCUGCCGUCCCGAGUGUGUGAUCAGUGCCGAGUGUCCAGCGGACAAGGCAUGCAUCAACCAGAAGUGCCAAGAUCCCUGUCCCGGCGCCUGCGGUCUGAAUGCCCAGUGUCAUGUGAGAAAUCACAGCCCUCUCUGCUCGUGUCUGCCCGGAUUUAUGGGCGAUGCCUUGACCCGCUGCCUGCCUAAUCCCUUACCACCGAAACCAGCUAAGUCAGAGGACACUCCUCGUGAUCCCUGCUAUCCCUCGCCCUGCGGACCCUAUGCCCAGUGUCGCUCGGUGAACGGAGGAGCCAGCUGCAGCUGCCUGCCCAAUUAUGUGGGCGCUGCGCCCAACUGCAGGCCCGAGUGCACCAUCAAUGCGGAGUGUCCCAGCAACCAGGCGUGCAUCAACGAGAAGUGCCGCGAUCCCUGUCCCGGCUCCUGUGGCUUUGACGCCCUCUGCAACGUGAUAAAUCAUACGCCGAGCUGCUCAUGUCCCAGUGGCUAUACCGGAGAUCCAUUCACCAGCUGCCGAAUUGUGCCACCAACCCCACCACCAACGACUCCCAUCUCCGAUCCCUGCCAGCCGUCACCGUGCGGCGCCAAUGCCCAGUGCCGCGAUGGCCAGUGCUCGUGUCUGCCCGAAUAUCAGGGUGAUCCGUACACCGGCUGCCGACCCGAGUGCGUCCUGAACUCGGACUGCCCGAGGAACCGGGCGUGUGUGCGGCAAAAGUGCGUGGAUCCCUGUCCCGGAAAUUGUGCACCGAAUGCCCUCUGCGAUGCCGUCAACCACAUUGCAAUGUGCCACUGUCCCGAGCGGAUGACGGGCAAUGCCUUUGUCUCCUGCUCCCCACUGCGUGAUGAGCCCCCAGCGCGUCCGCCAAAUCCCUGCCAGCCAUCACCGUGCGGAGCCAACGCCCAAUGCCUGGAGAGAAACGACGUGGCCAUCUGCUCCUGCCUGGCGGGCUACUUUGGUCAGCCACCCAACUGCCGACCAGAGUGCUACGCCAGCUCCGACUGCUCCCAGGUGCACGAGUGCAUCAACCAGAAGUGUGUGGAUCCCUGUCCGGGCAAGUGUGGCCUCAAUGCCAUCUGCCAGGCGGUGCAGCACAGAGCACACUGCGAGUGCAGUGCCGGUUAUACCGGCAAUGCCUACUCCCAGUGUCAUCUGCUGAUUGCGCGCAAACCCGAAAUCAAUGCUGUGCGCGAUCCCUGCUCCCCGUCGCCCUGCGGCCCCAACUCCCAGUGCAGUAAUGAGAAGGGUCAGGCGCAGUGCCGCUGCCUGCCAGAGUUCCAGGGCACGCCCCCGAACUGCCGACCCGAGUGUGUCAGCAACGACGAGUGCCCCAAUGCCCUGGCGUGCAUCAAUCAACGUUGCACCGAUCCCUGUCCCGGCAGCUGUGGCCAGAACGCCCAAUGCGUGGUCCGGCUGCAUACGCCCAACUGUCAGUGCCCCAGCGGCAUGACCGGGGACCCCUUCCGCCUGUGUCAAAAACCACCAUUGCAAGAGCCACCAACGACACCGAAGAACCCUUGCUAUCCCUCGCCCUGCGGCACUAAUGCCAACUGCCGCGUGACCGGCCAGAGCUAUGUGUGCGAGUGCAGCCAACAGGAGUACAUUGGUAAUCCCUACGAGGGCUGCCGCCCCGAGUGCGUGGGCAACUCCGAGUGUCCCGCGAACAGGGCCUGUGUGCGCAACAAGUGCGUGGAUCCCUGCCCGGGAGUUUGCGGCCUGGAGGCCAGGUGCAACAUGAACAACCACAUACCCAUCUGCUCCUGUCCGGCUGGCUACACGGGCAAUGCCUUUGUGCAGUGCACGCGAAUGCUGGCCCCACCGCCAGUCUCCGAUCCCUGCUACCCGUCGCCAUGUGGACCCAAUUCCGUGUGUCGUGUGCAGAGCGAGAAGGCUGUGUGUGAGUGCUUGCCAGGAUUCUUUGGCAAUCCGCUGGCCCAGGGCUGUCGCCCGGAGUGCACUCUGAGCUCUGACUGUGCCAAGGAUAAGGCCUGCAUCAAUUCCAAGUGCGUGGAUGCCUGUGUGGGCGAGUGCGGCUACGGAGCCGUUUGCCAGACCAUCAACCACAGCCCCGUCUGCAGUUGCCCCGCCAACAUGGUGGGCAAUCCGUUCGUCCAGUGCGAGUCUCCUCGCCAAGCGGAGCCAGUGGAUCCGUGCAACCCGUCACCGUGCCGCAGCAACGGCAUUUGCCGAGUCCACAAUGGCGCUGCCACCUGCAGCUAUCCCGAGUGUGUGAUCAACGAGGAUUGCUCCCGCGAUCGCGCUUGUGUCAACCAAAAGUGCCGCGAUCCCUGCCUGCAGGCUUGCGGCUUGAAUGCCAUCUGCCGUGCCAUCAACCACAAGGCCGUCUGCAGCUGUCCUCCCGACUUCUACGGCUCGCCCUAUGCCCAGUGCCUAAGGCAAAUACCCCCACAGCUGGAGCAACCGAAACCGGAGUGUGUAAGCGAUGCGGAGUGCACCAACGACAAGGCCUGCAUCAAUCAGGUCUGCCGCAAUCCUUGCGAGCAAUCGAAUCUCUGCGCUCAGCAAGCCCGCUGCCAUGUCCAGCUCCAUCGUCCGCUUUGUGUCUGCAAUGAGGGCUACACAGGCAAUGCUCUGCAGCAUUGCUACCUACUCGGCUGUCGCUCCGACACCGAAUGCGCACCCACGGAGGCCUGCAUCAACGAGAAGUGUGUGGAUCCCUGUAGCUUCACCCAGUGCGGCGUAGGAGCCACCUGUCGCGCAGACUUCAAUCAUCGCGCGCGUUGCCACUGUCCGGAUGGAUAUCGCGGCAAUCCUCUGGUGCGCUGUGAGCGCCCCGAGUGCCGCAGCGACGACGAGUGCUCGUUCCAUUUGGCCUGCCGCAACGAGAGGUGCGAAGAUCCAUGCAACUGUGGCAUAGGUGCCCAGUGUCGUGUGGACAACCAUCGUGCCCAGUGCCGCUGCCCGGCUGGCUUCAGUGGCAAUCCCACCAUACGCUGUGACCUGGUGCCCGUGCAACCCGAGGGCUGCACCAUGGAUGCCGAAUGUCCCAGCAAGCUGGCCUGCUUCUCCAGCGAGUGCAAGAACCCUUGCGCCGUGACCCAUCCGUGCGGAGCGAAUGCCAUCUGCGAUGUGGUCGACACACUGCCCCUGCGCACCAUGACGUGCCGCUGUGAGCCUGGCUAUGUGGGUGAUGCCGACAUUGGAUGUCGCAAAGAACCCGCUCAAGACCUUGGCUGCACAUCGCACGAUCAGUGCCAGGAUACGGAAGCCUGUCGGGCUGGCAACUGUGUCAAUCCCUGCCUGGAUGGCUCACCAUGUGCCCGCACAGCUCAGUGCCUGGCCCAGCAGCAUCGUGCCAUCUGCAGCUGCCCACAAGGCACCCAAGGAGAUCCGUUUACCAACUGCUAUCAGCCACCACAAAUCACAGCUGGUUGCACACACGACUCGGAAUGCACACCGACAACGGCGUGCAUCAAUAAGCGUUGCCAGGACCCAUGUGCCGAGGCCAAUCCUUGUGCCGGCAAUGCCGAAUGUCGUGUGCAGAACUCACGUCCCAUUUGCUACUGCCCUGCUGGCUGGGGCGGUGAUCCGCAAGUACAAUGCCACAAACCUGAAUGCAAAAUCAAUGCUGAUUGUCCCUACGACAAGGCUUGUCUGAACGAGAACUGCGUCAAUCCCUGCACCCAUGGACAAGUGCGCUGCGGCAGUGGCGCUGAGUGCUUGCCACAGAAUCACCAAGCUGUCUGCAGCUGUCCGGCCGGCACUCAGGGCAGUCCCUUCGUGGCCUGCAUAACCGGUCAUUGCCAGUACAACGAAGAUUGCGCCGCUCACGAGGCCUGCGACCGGCUUAACCGCGUUUGCCGACCCGUCUGCGAGCAGGAGACUUGUGCUCUGAAUGCCAUCUGUGUGGGACGACGCCAUCAGCCGCAGUGCGAGUGCCGUCCGGGAUACCUGGGCAAUCCGUUUGUUCAGUGCGAUAUGCCGCAGCGAAAACCACAGUCGCCCGAGUGCACCCAGGAUGCCGAGUGUCCCUCGAAGCUGGCGUGCAUCAACGAACGAUGUGCCGAUCCCUGCGCUACUCCACAUGUGUGCAGCCCACAACAGACUUGUGCCGUGCUCGAUACCCUGCCACUGCGUACCAUGAUCUGCAAGUGUCCCAGCGACACGGUCACCGAUAAUUCGGGCAACUGUGUGGCCAUUAGGCGACCCAUUGCCCCGCCCAGCGGUGGCUGCCAGCACAGCUCCGAGUGUGCCAAUCCCGAGGUGUGUUCAAAUGGCAAUUGCGUGGACGCCUGCCGCCUCGAGAAGUGCGGCUCCAACGCCCAGUGCACCUCGCGGGAUCACUAUGCUCAGUGUAGCUGUCCCGCUGGUUACCAGGGAAAUCCCCGCAUCGAGUGCUACUCAACGGAGAUUGGCCUGCCAAAGAGCCCAGAGCCAGGCUGUACGCGUGACGACGACUGCCCCAGAGACAGGACAUGCCGCAAUGAAUUGUGCGUGAGUCCAUGUGCUGCGGAUGCCUGCGGCAUCGGUGCCUACUGCCAUGUGCAGCAAAGAAAGGCCAUUUGCCGCUGCCCACCAGGCUACACGGGCAAUCCCAAGGAACGCUGUCUGCCACCUUCCGAUGUGAUUACUGUCGGCUGCAAGUCCAGCAGCGAUUGUCCUGUGACAGAGGCCUGCAUCAAUACCCAGUGCAUCAGUCCAUGCAACUGCGGACCGCAUGCCGAGUGCACCGUGAAGAACCAUCAUCCCAUCUGCUACUGCAAGCCAGGAUUCUCUGGCAAUGCUCAGUUUGGUUGCGUGGCCAUUGGCUGCCAAUCGGAUGACGAGUGCAGUGGCGACAAGCAGUGCUUGAAUCGCGAGUGCAUCAAUCCCUGCCUGGUGGUCGAUCCGUGUGCCUUGAAUGCCGAAUGCUAUGGUCGCAAUCAUCGUGCCAAUUGUCGCUGUCCCACCGGCCUGGAGGGAGAUCCAUUCGUGCGUUGUUUGCGCCUCGAAUGCCACUCGGACUACGAUUGUGCCUCGAACCUAGCCUGUGUGACCAACCAGUGUGUGGACCCAUGUGGCCUGCAGAAUCCCUGCGCCCAAAAUGCCAUCUGCCAGGCGCUGCAGCAUCGCGCCGUCUGUCGCUGUCCGGAGCAAAUGCCUCUGGGCAAUCCGUAUGCUUACUGCGAAAGGCGACCCGUCGAGCCCGUGUGCCGCGAUGACGGCGACUGUCCCAGCGGUCUGGCCUGCAUCGAUGCCAAGUGCCAGAAUCCAUGUACCGAACUCUCUCCCUGCGCCCGCACCGCCCAGUGCAGUGUCCUCGACAGUGUACCGGUGCGGACGAUGGUCUGCGAGUGUCCCGAGUCCCAGGUGCCGGAUGCCAGUGGUGAGUGCCGUCAACUGGUGCUGGCCAGUCCACCGGGCUGUGAGAGCGACCAGGAUUGUCCAGACCAGGAGGCGUGCAUCCAUCGCCAGUGCCGCAAUCCCUGCAACUGUGGCACCAAUGCCAUCUGCCAGGUGACCCAACAUCGUGCUGUUUGCAGCUGCCAGGAUGGCUUCGAGGGCAAUCCCUAUGCCGCCUGCCGAUCGAUCGGCUGCCGCGUGGAUGGUGAGUGCGAUUCGGGCAAGGCCUGCAUCAACGGUGACUGCAUCAAUCCCUGCCUCAUCAACGAUCCCUGCGGACCCAAUGCCGAGUGCUUCGUCCAGUCGAAUCACGCCCAGUGCCGCUGCCUCAGCGGGUACCGCGGCAACCCGUACGAACGCUGCCGCAUCAUCGGCUGCAGCAGCAACAACGACUGCCCCACGGACAAGACUUGCCAGAACGAGCAAUGCGUCAAUCCCUGCGUCUACCACAAUGCCUGUGCCCCGCGCGCCGAGUGCCGACCACAGAAUCACUUGGCUGUUUGUCGCUGUCCGUCCGACUACGUCGGCAAUCCCUACGUGGACUGCCGUCCACAGCCGCAGCCCGUCUGCGUGCUGGACACGGACUGCCCCUCGCGACAGGCCUGCAUAAACGAACAAUGCGUGGAUCCAUGCCUCGUACUGGAGCCUUGCCAACGCCCGGCCCAGUGCCAGGUGACGCCCACGUCCCCAGUACGCACCAUGAUCUGCAUCUGCCCCGAUGGCUACAUCAGCAGCGGAAGUGGCAGCUGCAAGCCCACCACCGGCAUCGUCAAGGUGGGCGGCUGCAUCUCGGACUCUGACUGUGCCGCCGACAAGUCCUGCCUGAACGGCAUAUGCCGCGAUCCGUGCAACUGCGGCGUGAACGCCGAGUGCCGCAUCAAGGACCACAAGCCAGUGUGCACGUGUCGCCAGGGCUACGAGGGCAAUCCCGAGUUCGAGUGCUCCAAGAUCGAGUGCAACAUCAAUGCGGACUGCCCCGGCACCCAUGCCUGCCGCAACCAACUCUGCGUGCCCGCCUGCCAGGGCGAGCAAUGCGGCACGAACGCUCAGUGUCUGGCCAUCAACCAUCGGGCCGUGUGUGAGUGCGCACCAGGACAUGGUGGCAAUGCCCGUCUGGGCUGCACACCACUGGGCUGCCGCACCGACGACGAAUGUCCCACGGACAGAGCGUGUGUGAACGGCAAGUGCAACGAUCCCUGUGCAACAACUGCCAUCUGUGGUCGCGAAGAAGUUUGCAAGGUGUACCAGCAUCGACCACAAUGUGCCUGCCCCGCCGGCACUGUGCCCGGACGCAAUGGCUGCGAGACAGAGCGGCAUGCGCCCAUCUGCAUCAGCGACGGCGACUGCCCCAGCCAGAGGGCGUGUCUACGUGGAGAGUGCGUGAAUCCGUGCAAUGCCACGCAGCCGUGCGGCGUCAAUGCCGAGUGCCGCGUGCGCGACACCCUACCAGUACGAACGAUGAUCUGUGAGUGCCUCGAGGGCUACACCGGCAAUGCGGCGGUGCAGUGCGACAAGCGAUCGCUCUGCGUCAUCGAAAAGGGCUUUGUGCGCGACGUGGAUGGACAGUGUGUGUGCCCACCGGGCACUGCUCUGGACAUUUACGAGUACUGCACACCGUGCCAGGUGGAGCAGGGCUUCCGCAUCGACGAGAGCGGCCAUUGCGUGUGCGCUCUAGAGCGCGGCAUGGUCAUCGAUGAGCGCGGACGCUGCACCUGUCCCAUUGAGCUGGGCUACCGCCUGACUCCCAGAGGAGAGUGCCAGCCGGAGGAGCCACCAGAGUGCACCACCAACGACCAGUGCGCGGAUAAUCGUUACUGCAAUCUGGAUACCAAGACCUGUGAGGAUCCCUGCCUGACCAAGGUGUGCGGAGUGAAUGCCUUCUGCAAUGCCGUCAACCAUCGUGCCCAGUGCCAGUGCAUAACGGGCUACACGGGCAAUCCGGAGCUGCAUUGCAAUCACACCAACUUCCGCACCGACUUCCCCAGACCCGACAUGGUCGUCAGCUGUCUGGCCGAUGGCGUUCAAGUGGAGAUUCACAUCACCGAGCCCGGCUUCAAUGGUGUCCUGUACGUGAAGGGCCACAGCAAGGAUGAGGACUGCCGUCGUGUCGUCAAUCUGAACGGAGAGACGGUGCCACGCACCGAAAUCUUCCGCGUUCACUUCGGCACCUGUGGCAUGCAGGCGGUGAAGGAUGUGGCCAGCUUUGUUCUGGUCAUCCAGAAGCAUCCCAAGCUUGUCACCUACAAGGCCCAGGCAUACAACAUCAAGUGCGUCUACCAGACGGGCGAGAAGAACGUCACCUUGGGCUUCAACGUCUCAAUGCUGACGACAGCUGGCACCAUUGCCAACACCGGACCGCCGCCCAUCUGCCAGAUGCGCAUCAUCACCAACGAGGGCGAGGAGAUCAAUUCAGCCGAAAUCGGCGACAAUCUCAAGCUGCAAGUGGACGUCGAGCCAGCCACUAUUUAUGGUGGCUUUGCUCGCUCCUGCAUUGCAAAGACCAUGGAGGACAAUGUCCAGAACGAGUAUCUGGUCACAGAUGAGAACGGCUGUGCCACGGACACGAGCAUCUUUGGCAACUGGGAAUACAAUCCGGACACCAACAGUCUGCUGGCCAGCUUCAAUGCCUUCAAAUUCCCCUCGAGCGACAACAUACGAUUCCAGUGCAACAUACGCGUCUGCUUCGGCCGUUGCCAGCCCGUCAAUUGUGGUGGCUACAAUGCCUUUGGUCGUCGUCGUCGCUCCAUAACAGACAACUCGACCGACACGACUGCCAUUGCCACCAACUCGGGAGUUGAGGGUCAGCUGCGCGAGGAGAUAACCAUCUCAUCAAAUGCCAUUCUCACAUUCGAGAAGCGCAGCGGUCCAGGCCUGAAUGAUGCCAACAUCAAACCGGCGGCACAGCGAGUGGAGGAUAUUUGCGUAUCGAUGGUGGGACUGAUCAUUGCUUUGGUCAUCACGGCUCUAUUGGCUCUUGUGGCCGUUGCCGUGGCCGUCUCCUGCUGGCUAAUGGCCUACAGAAGGCGACCUAAGACCAUUGCACCACUGCCACAUCCACCAGAGUUCCCCAAUCCGCUCUUUGCCAAUCCCGAUGCUGUGCCCGAGCCAACGCCGGACUACAUCUCCUAAACACUACACUGAAUAAAACAAACACACAAACCUAGCUGUAACAACUUAGAAGUUAAGAAAAAAAGAAAAAAAAACCAGAGAAAAAGGGUAAUAUUUUCACAGAAUUAUAAAUUAAUGUGAAUAUUUGAAAGGCACGUGCAAAAAGUUGUGCAAAAUGAAAACAAAAUCGAAUGAUAUUUGAAUGAAAAUGUGAAGAACGAAUCAAAGAAAAACAAAAGUAUAUUUGUGAACCGUAAAACGAAUGAAAAAUGAAAUUGUAAAAAGCGAGAAAUGUAUGCAAACAAAAUGCAUGCAGAUAAUAAUAGUAGUUUAAGAGAAUAAUUUUAUUAUUUUGUAUUAACAUUUAGUGUUCUCUCUCACUUCCCCACUAAUAUGAGAAUUUUGCGUAGUGUAGCAGAGUAUUUAGCUUCCAGCAUACAUAGAAAUAGCGGAUCCAGAAACUGCCAAAGUAGGAGAAGCGGGGGUACACAGAGUGCAGCUACAAACGAAUUCUCGUCCUCUAACGACAACUUCUUCAUUAGUCGAGUAUCAAUAUUAAUAUUCUGUUAUAUGUAUGACUAAAGACUUCCUAUAAAUAUUUAGGGUGUGGGUAGUACCAACGACACUUUGUAUUAUAGCACAGAAACAAACACACACACUUCCUGUAACUUUAAACGUGAACUCAACUCGCCUUUUAAAAUUGAAAACUGCCUUGAUUUUCCAACACAGACGAACAAUGCACCACAGAAUACUCUUUCUCUCUAUAGCAGAAUGUAAGAAAUCGUUGAACCUUCCGCUUGUGCCAGCUAUAACCACUCGACAAUAUGCCAACGAUUGUCUUUUAUGGAUUGUACAAGAGCUCAAGAGUUGAACACACACACACACACACACUCAGAUACACAAACUCUAAGCAUGAGGCACACGGAAAAGAGUUCUAGGAAGAAAUGGAAUAACCUUUAACUGCCACUGAGGCGUCAAACAGCGCACAAAAACGAUACAUACUGUCCAUUUAAUGCAUAGGAAAUACUAGGUUUGUUUUAAUUUUAUUUGCAAAGACGACGACUAAUGGAGGAUUUGAUUUUGAACACUGUCCACCCACGACUUCUUACCACUGUACUUACUGUACCACUAGCCUCUACUAUGGUUAACCAAUUAUUUUUGUAGUUUCUUAGUCAAUUAAUAUUAAAUUGUUGUGAUUGUUUUUAAUGCAAAAGAGAUACUUCCACUAAACUUACUAAUAUAUAGGGAACCAAGUAUAAAGAGUACUUUAAAAGACAACGAACCAGUGCGCCCUUCCGCCCCUUCAACACCUUCAACUACUAAAGUUUCCGCUAAGUAGAGUACGCGGCUAUCUACGCGCCGGAAACCAUGCAGCGAAUUUUAGUUUCCGAUGCCUGUUCAUAGAGCGUGGCUGUACUUGUUGGGAGUUCAUUUAGAAUAUAGGAAAAUUAAGGGGGGAAUGAUCAGCCUGGAUAAUUAAAUUAUUCAAAUGAAGUUUUAAAUUAAUAUUAUUAAACGUAAACAAAAUGUAUAGUCACUACUUUAAGCCGAACGUGAAGCGUUGAGAGACAGAAGAGCACUUCUUUAUAGUGAAAUACCAUAAAAAUAUAUAAAAACUCGCACUCAGACACACUUACACAAAGAGACAGACAUUGUAAAUAAUACGCAGGCAGCAAAACUCUAUGGUAUUUUAGGUAGCGCAUUAUUGUGUAUAGGUUUCCACAACUUUGAUCCUAUCCCAAAACUAAACCCGUUCCAUGCCAGGCAUAAAAUUAUUUUCUUAAUUCCACAACCACAUGGGCGCACUUCGAUGUACCUAAGCGAGUGCAC